AUGGCCGCGGGAGGAAGGAGUCGUCGCUAUGGAGACAGGUAAGGGGCCGGGAGUGCUCUCACAGAUGGAGGUGGCGAUAUUGCCGAGGUUGGCAACCGGCCAGAAGCCGAUCAGAUCUCAGCUUCUGGCCACACGGAAGGAGUUUACAAAGUGUCUCUGUAGUUCUGAGGCAGAAGGCAGCACACACACAGACCGAGGGGAUUAAAUGAAACCCACAGAGGGCAUAGCAAGAAACUAGCAGAAAUCACUCUAAAGACACAGUCCAUUUAAAGGGGAAAGGUCUGAAAUAAAAUAGUGUUAAAAUAUCACCAGUUAAUACAUAAGGUCAAAAUAAUAAGAUAUAAUAAAUCAAUAUAGGACUAUCAAUACUAGACUGUAAUUGGAAUAGACUCACCUGGGAGGCUAAGCAGCAAAGAAAGAGGAAUUGGUAGGAGCCUGAUGACUGGACAUACUCUAUUGUACACUCUGAUUGGUUAAAUAUUUUACUUACUGUUAACUGUUUCUUUGCUGCUGGGAGUUACAGUAAAGAAAGUAAAGCAAAUAUGAAGCCUCCUGUCUUGCCAUAAAAUUCUUCUGACGAAAUGAGUGAGUUAAGACUUGGGGUAGGUGAUGCAUGGGGAGCAGAGAGGUCAAGAAUCAACCUUUGCUUAUUGGAGGAUUUACCUGUGACCAGACCUAUGGGGUUAGUUCUCCAUACCGCGAAAGGUGGAGAGUCGCAAGGGCCAAUUACAAACCCUUGGUCAAUUUCUUUCUGGAGUAGUCGGUCAAUACCAUCUGGACCUGCCAGGGUUGUUUGUACAUUUUUACAUUCUAAGACCCCUUUAGGCAUAUGGAUAAUACCAGUGUGAAAUCCCAAAGUGAAACCUGUCACCAAAAAUUCCACUAGAUGUUGAGAUGGGUGACCACACAAUAAAUCUUUCAGCAGUGAGACAUUAAGAGAUGAAAGGUACUGCUUGAGGUAUAAUUUGGAAACAUUACUUUAGAGUGAGCCCGGAAACAUUUGGAGCAGACAUGAAGUAGCCUGCAGGCACUGUAACCGCAAGUCCGCGUAUUAAAGUUAUUACAUACUUGUGACUUUCCCAGAAACACUAUAUAUUAGCCCAGUUUAUCCUUAAGGACCUUGCCUGGUCUCCUUGUGGGCGUCAUGUUGGAAGGAGGGCAGGAGGUACUUACCUCCGGGGUAUUAGGGCACAGAUUCACCAUGUGAGAGUUGGAGGCACAAAUGGCACAAGCUGGCGUCUUUAGGCCCGCAAAGUGUCGACAAAAAAGCUCCGUAUCCAGCACACUCCAGUCAGCUUGAUAAUUAAACUGGGAUAGAGCCGCCGACGCCUUUGCAGAGAAAGCACGGUGGUAGUCGUAAAAAGACGUACCACCGUACUUGUGCCCCAAAUCCACCAGCUUGUGGAGGUAGAGAUCCAAUUCUUCCCUCCUAUAGGGAUACACUGAGCAUAAUACGUCCCUGUAGAUCCCGAAAGCCAAUGCAAAUUCAGGGAUGGAUAGCUUACGAUUCAGCCUGGGGUCCCUGGCUUUUAGUACCACCGAUACGUCCCCAUAUGCAUAUGUCUUAUUUUCAAGGACAUCUUGGGAGGCAAUGAGCAGUGAUAUGAAAUUGACAUCCUUCCCUUCCAAGAUGUCCUUCUUAAGGUUAGCAGGCACCAAGUGUGCUGGGUUAAUAAUAUGAGGUUCUCUAGGACCAGUUGGAAUAUUACCAGGAAGAGGGCCAGGGAGAACCGUAGGGUCAGGAUUACCCAGAGCCGUGAGCGAAUGCUGUUGGCUAUCUGCCUCCAUUUUGUCAAGCUUGUCAGUAAUAUGACCCAAGGAGGUCAGGACCGAGGACAAUACAGCCUGCAGAUCAGAAGACUGACCGCUACUAGCCCCAUCAUCUGUCCCGUUGUUAUCAGUUUGAGUAUUCAUAAGUCUUUAUAAUUCGGCUUUCCUAGCCGUAGCUGGGUAAGGGAUGUUCCUUUUCCUCAAUUCUGCAGUGAUCCUAGGAAUGGUCCAAGACCUGAGGGAUGAAGGGCUCGCAUUGUCGCCACCCCGGGAUGGAGUGACUGAUCUAGCCGGUGUACUAGGGAUAGACAGUUCUUCCCCACCUUCUGGUAGUUGUGAUGCUAUAAAACAAAAUAGAAGGUUACCUGGGGUAAUACCCAACUGGCUGACGUAACUAAUGCCAAGCGGCGAAACAAUUAGGUAGUUACGUGACAGGUGAGGCCCUGCUAGUUGCCAAGCGGCUGUGAGAGGCACUAACUAUGAAUUGGCCCGAGUGGGGUACAUGGCCAUUGACAUUAUGGAGGGGUGUUGGCCUCUCUGUAACAAGUAACAGCAUAAGACAAAAUGGGAGUGACAGAUGAGGCCCUCUCUAUGCAACCAAGUGAGGCGGCUAACUAUGAAUUGGCCCGAGGGAAUGUCGUAGCUCCGAAAUGAGGAUGGGAGAUGGCCUCGCGGGACCACUAACGUAAGGCGUAGAAGGCCAGAAAACAUACCUAGAGGCUCCUAUGCUCCAAUGCCAGUGUAUAACUAGACUAUGAACCCGACGGAGUAGGGAGGUUGGGAGAAAAUUGUGAAAAAGGACGUACCUGAUGAGCAAAGUAAGUAGCCGGAUAAGGUGAUACAGGCGAUCUGUAGUAACCUACGAGAGUAAUUGUGAGUUUUUGCAGGGUUAUAUCGAUAUGUACCCUUAAUUCCCCUCUCGCUAACUAGAUACCUACCGGUGAAUUAUGCAAAUGUAGAAGACUGGAACCAAAGAAUCAAAAAGCUGCAAGGAUGGCCUAAACCUAGUAAUGCAGAAAUUACACAUAAGUACCCAGGCCUUGUAAGACCCUAAGUGUACAAUUAAUUGUAAAUUACUGACUUAUACCAGAUGAAAAAGGUAGUAGAGUAGCAGCCCCCUGUGGAUGCCGUUGAGACUGAAACAUAAGAGGUAUAUAAUCACUUAUAGGCUUUAAAUCGCCCAAACACCUAAUCUAUGCCCCAUACACAUAAUGUAUAACAUUAGAACACUUCAAAAUGGUAUGUGUAUAUAACGUACGUGUUUAGAUAUCUAUGUACUAGAGACAGAAAAGUGGAACCUGUAGUUCAGCGAAAAGAGAAUGUCUGGAGUGAAGGCCGUUUUGAAAUUCAGAACGUAUCGUGGAACAGAAACAUAUGUAACAGCAUGAAAAUCAGAUCAUGACCCGAGCAGAAAAAUUCCUGAACUACCCAUACCAAUACAAUACUUAGCCUUAAUAGGCUUCACAUAAUACAAUAAGUAAUAACUAGUCUGACCGCCAGAGGUCGGUAUAACCAACAUAAAUACAAAAUUAAAAUUAACUAAUCGGCAGUUUUACAAAUGCCGAAAAUAGAGUGUUCAGUAAACUUACGAACGGCUCAUUAGAAGGGCUAUGUGUGCAUACAACUGAACACUAUCAAUUUAACGGAUAGUUUGUGUGUUUGAACAAAGCGUUUGUGCGUCUGCUGCCGAAAAGCUCUCCAAACUGAGUAAUUCUGACCAAAUGAAUAACCUAAGCGUUCGUAUACCAUGAAUCAUACGAACAAAAAACAUGAACGGAGAAGCAUGUAAUAAUGAUAGUGCUAGCCCAGGAUGAUGUGAAGCAACUGCGAUAGUGGCACGACGGGCAGCCUUGACUUACGGUUUGGAUUAAAAUUGGCACCAGUCGGAGGGUGGUUGGCGAGGUAAGGAAGACCUGCUGAGUCUCCGCGGAGUCAGGAACCAGCGUGCGAGCUGACCAAGAGCUGCAGGACCAGGUAAGUGUUUCCACGAGUUUUCAGAAUAGAAAAUGGCAAUUUGCACGGACCGGAAGUUAGGGUAUGCAAAUCUCUAAACCUGAGACUUCCAUAUAUAUGUAUAUACACAGUAAAACCAAAUGGUGAUAGAAAUAACUUGGAUAUACUUAAAAAGUCCCAGAGGAAUAAAACAAGGGUCUUUUUUUGUAAGCCUUUGAGGAGGAGAUGCUUUAGGGUAGUCAAAGGUUCUCCUAGGCGUUAAAAAGAUAAUAAAAAAAUUGGGGUUUUGAUUGAGGCAUGGAGUUCUGUUAUUGCCAUCUCAUGUAAAAUAUAAUAUUUAUUUAUUAUGAACAAAAAGAAUUGACGCCAGCUAGACAUUCGGGCAUUUAAAAGUGUAGGAUCUCACAGCCUGCAGAGCCUUGAUAAUUUAACAUCCAUAUGGUAAAAUCCUUUUCACAUUCCUAUGUCAUUCACACUACCCCUUCUGUCAUCUGACCUCUGUGGGGGUCCAAGCUUCUAAAGACGUAACCCCUUUUGACCUCCAUACAACCAAAUUAACCCCUUUUGACAUUGACAAUACCAUCUCUGCCAGGGCGGCAGGUCCUUGAUGCACUGCACAAACUACAAUAAAGGACAAUAUUUCCACAGUGCAAUUAUUAAUUAUGCACCCUUGCUGUGACACCCCACUUUAUAAAAUCCCUUGUAUCACCCCUUUAUGAGCCUCCCAUAUCCACACAGCAAUCGAGUCAGGAGUGGUUUUUUUUCCCCAUGUAUCAUUUUUAUUGGUAUAAAUGACUUAAGAAGUCUCCCCAGAAGUGCUCCAUGUUUUUCUGCUAUCAGGACACUAUCUGGACCGCAUGUCGCACCUAUGGGGGGCUGCGUUGGUGGAGGUACAACGAACAGUUUCAUCAGUGGCUGGCGGUGCGACCCUCUCUGUCCUGGGACCAGAUGUGCUCACCCAGCCUCUGGCUCUCAAUUAUGACCCGUCCAAAGGCGCUUUUUCAUCCUUUCUUGGGGAGGCCAGUGGGAGAACAUCCUCCUCCUCAUCGGCCCCCAACCAGAGAUUUUCAUCAUCUCCUGGGCUGUACCUUUGAUGAUCAGUUUUUUGUGGAUAUGUGCCUCCCUAUGGGUUGCUCCUGUUUUUAUUUUGAGUGCUUUAGCACUUUACUGGAGUGGGUGGUGCAGAGGGAAGCAGGUGUCAACUACUUCCUCCACUACAUGGAUGACUUCUUGUGUGUGGGGCUGGCUAAGUUGCACGGCUGCACUCUGCUGCUGCAGGUUCUUGGAGAAGUGUUUCAUGGGUUUGGUGUUCCGUUUGCCCAUGACAAAACCUUGGGUACCAGUUAUGUGCCUUAGUUUCCUGGGCAUCGAGAUCGAUUCGGGUGCCCCUGGCUAAGGUUCAAGACCUUUGACAGGUGGUGUCGCUGGCAUUAGGGUGUUUUAAAGUUCAGCUGCGCUGUCUGCAAUCUCUUCUGGGGAAGCUGAAUUUUGCUUGUCGGAUUUUGCCCAUGGGGCAUUACUUUAACAGGCGUUUGGUGGCGGCAACGUCAGGGGUCACUCGCCCUCAACACUUUAAUAGGCUUACGCGUCCCUUGCAAGAUGACUUGGCAGUCUGGGAUUCCUUCUUGGCCUAUUAUAACGGUAGGACUUACGGGCAGGCCCCGGAGGUGUCUAAUACUGACCUCCACCUGUUUACCGAUGCAGCUGGCUCAGUGGGUUUUGGGGCCAUCAUGGGCCCAAAAUGGUGUGCUGACUCAUGGCCGGAUGACUGGCAUGCGGCAGGGCUCACGUGGAACUUUUCUGGAGCUCUUCCCCAUUCUGGUGGCGUUGGAGGUGUGGGGUUCCCAACUCGCAGAGAGGCGGGUGGUUUUUCAUUGCAACAAUUUGGGGGGUGGUGCAGGCUAUUGUGACAGAUCCCUCUGUCUUGGAGCUAUAGUGCUAUCCCUGUUGAUUCAUAUGGAUUCGUGUAAUUGCCUGAAACCGUAUGCUGGGUGGUCGUCAUUCGUAUGCCGACCACGAGGCAGCGGCCAUCUUAGAUGCACGAAUACACAGCGGUGUUCGACAACAAAAUUAUGGAACCCAAAACUGACACUUUUUCUCCCUAACACCGCUGAAACUGCCGACCUCCAUUCUUUGUCAUCCGUCAUACGAACACCGGUCCGUUCGGGACUUUGAUUUCACAAAUGGACUUAACCCAGAUAGUCAUCCCAUGGAGCCCUUCGUAUACCGAAAGAACAGUGUGAAAGACUUUGGCUCUAUGGCGAUUAAACUGUGUGUAUUGGAUCUGAGCGCCAUUCGGUAAUACUGUGCGCUCAGAUCUAGGCUAUCUGGGGAUAUAUGUACUGAAUACAUUCGGUAGUUUUUACAGUUAUGGAAUUUUAUGUAUUUUUACUGUAUCAUUUAAAAUGGCGUUUUGCCUCUAUCCAUGGAGAUAAUUGGAUUUCUUCCCAAUUAUCUCCAGGAUAGAGAGGAGGGGUUUGCUUGUACCAAGGGGAGUGUUUAUGCCUGAGCCACUGUGAUUGGCUAAUGUACCAUACUUUUCCCAGUCUUCCAUCUGGUCCCCUAGGGGAGUGUCCACCAAGUGGGAGACCUGCAUAAAUACCGGGCAUGUAGCCCUCAAUAAAUCAGAUUCAUGUUUUACCCUCAAGAUGGAGCUUGGUCUAGUGUUUGGGGGGAUUGCUACUUUGGAGUAUUCUUUUGCCUGUUCCAGGAGAGAAGGAGUUUGCAUGAUUCUCCGUUCGGGAGUUUGGAGCAUUCCCUUGUAUUCAGUUCGGGAGUUUGGCAGUCUACAGUAACUGUGCCUGUGUCUCUAAAAGUGAAACCACUAAAUGGUGAUUUCACUCCUUUAUGCCAGGAGUGUCUUAACAACUGGUGGCAAGCGACGGGAUUAUUCUCAACGCCCAGAGAGACAACUACACAUCCGGAACUAAUGGUUCCCUGGUCUGGGCACUGAAAAAGUUAAGCCCUUAUUUGUACGGACAGGAAUUCUCACUUAUAACGGACCACAAUCCCCUAGUCUGGCUUAACCGGGUCUCAGGAGACAAUGGCAGAUUGCUGCGGUGGAGUUUAGCCCUCCAACCCUAUAACUUCACCAUCAGCUACCGACCCGGUAAUCAGAACGGAAAUGCCGAUGGAUUGUCCCGGCAAACUGACAUCUCUACCACCUCCUAGUCCGGUCAUCCCCAAGUUGACCUGCCAAAGGGUCAAACCUGGUCUGCUGGAGUGUCCCACAAGGAGGGAGCCAUGUGACAGAUCCCACUGUCUUGGAACUAUAGUGCUAUCCCGGUUGAUUCGUGUGCAUUUGUGUAAUUGCCACCCAGAAGAGGAGUGUGCUGCUGGUUAACCUAUUGGCCCCAAUUCGAAAGUUGUGGUUAACCGCAGACACCUCUUAAUUGAAACCGUAUGCUGGGUGGUCAUCGUUCGUAUGCCGACCACGAGGCGGUGGCCAUCUUAGUCGACAAACACAAUGGUGUUCGUCGACAAAAUUAUGGAACCCAAAACUGACACUUUUUCUCCCGAACACCACUGAAACCGCCGACCUCCAUUCUUUGUCAUCCGGCAUACGAACACCGGUCCGUUCGGGACUUUGAUUUCACGAAUGGACUUAACCCAGAUAGCCAUCCCAUGGAGCACUUCGUAUACCGAAAGAACAGUUUGAAAGACUUUGGCUCCAUGGCGAUUGAACUGUGUGUAUUGGAUCUGAGCGCCAUUCGGUAAUAAUAUGCGCUCAGAUCUAGGCUAUCUGGGGAUAUAUGUACUGAAUACAUUCGGUAGUUUUACAGUUAUGGAAUUUUAGGUAUUUUUACUGUAAAAAUGAAAAUCCAGCGCACUCGCUUAUCUACUAAACAGUCAUUUUAAUGCUAAACAAUUUUCAGUUUUAUUAAAAACACCUAAUCUAGGCAAAAAAAAUAUAAUGGGGGUUUAGUUACAGUAUAUGAUCAUACAUUGCAUAAGCCUGCAACAACGCCAAUGUACCCCAUCUUUGGCAGGUCCUACUCAGUCUGCUAAAUGAGCUUCUCACUUGGGGAAAUCCUUCCAUCUCGAGGUCUCUGCAGUACAAUGCUUAAAUAGGAUCCUGAGAUGAAGCACCUGUAACAGGGAGGGGUGCAAAACCCAUGGAGCUGGCUAGACUCCUAAAUAUAUACAUAUAUGCGAAAAUAAGGGUUUGGCUGCACUCACCUACACAUGCUAAAUUAGGGUGCUGCUGGGGGCCAAUAAGUACAGUAAAAAUUAAAUCCAGCGCACUUAUUGGCCCCCAGCAGCACCCUAAUUUAGCAUGUCUGUGUGAUUCAUUACCUAUGGUUUGCCAUUCUGUAUUUGAGGCCUGUUUAUUUCGGCCCCUGGCUUUCUUUGAGGCCAUGCGGAUUCAUGUGUAUCGCAGUGCAUUCGUAUAGGAAUAUAGCAUUUAUAUACAGUGUAUAUAGUAAUUAAAUAUGUAGAGUUAUCCAUGAAUUUAGACACAAGAUUAUGUAUAUAAUUAAAUUAUCUUGUCAUUAUCUAGUAGUUAAAGGGGGUCCUUUUGAAAUGUCUUAUACACAACUUUUGUAAGUGAGCUAUAUGCCUAGUGUUCACUAGUCGUCAGCAGGUGGGAAGGUGGGUGCUGUUUGGUGAUGUUACUUGCGCAGGAUUUACCACUCGAAGACUGAUGUCUUUGGGAGGGGUAAGUGGGUCCGACUGGGGGCUGUGCCGGAUUUGUCCCAUUUUUUCCUUCGGUGAGUACUGUUCCUUACACGCGGCUUCUCCGGCCCUCCCCCCUUUAGUGCAUGAGGACGGUAGCUUUCUCUUCCAAUUCCAAGUCAUUAGGGUGUUCCACUUGGGGCUUGAAUUUUUGGGUAUUGAUGCCAGGGAGUUCAGGGGUCACGCAUUCCGUAUAGGGGUGGCUACUGAGGUCUCUAGGCUUGGCAUGCCGGCGCAGGUAGUCCUAAGAAUCGGGAGGUGGGAGUCGGGUACGUUAUAUUUCUUAUGUUCAACCGGCUGGUCUCCUGAGUUGAUUUCUCUCCGGAGAUCUGGUUCCCCAAGGAUUUGGAUCAUGGGACACUCCUAUGUCUAUUGGGCCAGGCAGUGUGCGGCGGUCAGGCCUGGAGGCGAACGAUUGUGUUUUACGUUUUCCGAAGUAGAGGUUCUGUGGUUUUGUACAAGAGGCAUGGGGUGGGUGCGGCUCCUUCCUGACCUGGUUCAGUUGUCCAGCCUCCUGGGGGUUCCAAGUGUCCUGUUGAUCCAUCUGGGGAAGAAUGACCUGGAUUUGGUGCCCAUAUGGGAUUUGAUGUCGGCCGUUAAAAGGGACAUGGCACGCAUUUUAGUUUUAUUUCCUGAUGUACGCCUAGUUUGGCCCGAGGUUAUCUCUCGUAAUUUCUAGCAGCGCGCUCGGAAUCAGAGUGCCAUGGAGCACUGCUGUCUGGUUUCUAGGUUUGUCUCGGGGGUUCUGGUUCACCAUAGGGUAUUUGAGCGGGAUGCGGCCAAUCUAUUUCAAGGGGAUGGGGUCACUUGACGAAGGUCGGCUCGACCUCUAUAAUCUUGCUCUGCAAGAAGCGGUGGAACAAGCUAUGGGUGGUCUUGGGACUAAUACAGCGGGGUUGUGGCCAGGGGUAUGUCCUUGCCAAUUAAUUUUGAGGUGGUUAAGUUAAUUAAGUGGAACGAAGUGAGCAAGUUUCAAGUCUCAACCUGCCCUUCUCUAGAGGGUUAAGCUUAGGUUACAUGUUAUGACGUGGAAAAGGUCGGCUGGUGGUAAGCAUUGGAAGGAAAAGGAGUUUAUGCCGAUGGGAGAGGUGAGAGGAAGUGGUACAUAGGUGCAUGGUCAGUUUAUUCGCAAGGACUGUUGGGUUACACUGUAUGACACUAUGUGUUAAGUUAUAUGUUAAGUUAUGGUUAUUUAUUUUUUGACGUUUUGGUUAUAUCAAAGAAAAGAGAAUAUUAAAAUAAAUUAUGGCUGUGUUAUACAGUAAUUAUCAUAUGUUAUAAUAAAUGCUUUGGCCUGUUUCAUCCAUACUACGUUGUCUGUCAUUAUUUGGGUGGUGAAUUGGGUUAGUUUAUGUUAACUACGUACAUACAUGUUUAUUAGAGGGUACCGUAUAUACUCGAGUAUAAGCCGAGUUUUUCAGCACAUUUUUUGUGCUGAAAAACCCCAACUCGGCUUAUACUCGAGUCACUGUCUGUAUUAUGGCAAUUUACAUUGCCAUAAUACAGACUGGGGGCUGGCAGAGCUGUUACUUACCUCUCCUGCAGCUAUUGUCAGCUCUCUCCUCCUCCGCGCCGGUCCGGUCAGCACCUCGGUCAGCUCCCAGUGUAAGUCUCUCGAGAGCCGCGGGGUCAUAGUGCGGCUCUCGCGAGACUUACAGUGUGAGCUGAGAGAAUAGCUGCACGGACCAGCGCGGAGGAGGAGAGAGCUGACAGGAGCUGCAGGAGAGGUAAGUAACAGCUCUGCCAGCCCCCCUCCUCCCCCCACUGAACUGCCAAUGGACCACCAGGGAAGGAGAGCCCCCCUCCCUGCCAUGUAUCAAGCAGGGAGGGGGGACAAAAAAAUAAAUAAAUUAAUAAUAUAAAAAUAUAAAUAAUAAUAAAAAUAAUAAUAAAAAAAAGAAAAAAAAAUAAUAUAACAAAAAAAAUUUAAAUAAUAUUAUUUUUUUUUUUUUAUAAAAAUGCCCAACCCCGACCAAGGCUCUGCAACACAAACACACACUGCAUCACACACACACACUGCAUUCAUACACACACACUGCACUCAUAUACACACACUGCACUCAUACACACACACACUGCACUCAUAUACACACACUGCACUCAUAUACACACACUGCACUCAUACACACACACUGCAUUCAUACACACACUGCACUCAUACACACACUGCACUCAUACACACACUGCACACUCAUACACAGACUGCAUUUAUACACACACUGCAUUCAUACACACACACUGCACUCAUACACACACUGCACACUCAUACACACUGCACUCAUACACACACUUCAUUCAUACACACACACUUCAUUCAUACACACACACUGCAUUCAUACACACACACUGCAUUCAUACACACACCCUGCACCCUGCAUUCAUACACACACACUGCACUCAUACACACACUGCAUUCAUACACACACACUGCAUUCAUCAUAUACACACACUGUAAAUAAAUAUUCAAUUAAUAUAAUUUUUUUAGGAUCUAAUUUUAUUUAGAAAUUUACCAGUAGCUGCUGCAUUUCCCACCCUAGUCUUAUACUCGAGUCAAUACGUUUUCCCAGUUUUUUGGGGUAAAAUUAGGGGCCUCGGCUUAUAUUCGGGUCGGCUUAUACUCGAGUAUAUAUGGUAAGUCUCCUCAAAAUUAGGUGCAACGUUUCAGCUCUAUGCAGCCUUAAUCAUGCAUAGCAAGGACAAACAUUCAUUAGGUAUAUAUACUCAAUUAGAUUGGCAAAAUUUGGAUUGUUGAUAUUCAUGUGUAUCGCAGUGUAUUCGUAUAGGAAUAUAGCAUUUAUAUCCAGUGUAUAUAGUAAUUAAAUAUGCAGAGUUAUCCAUGAAUUUAGACACAAGAUUAUGUAUAUAAUGAAACUAUGUUGUUAUUAUUUAGUAGUUAAAGGGGGUCCUUUUGAAAUGUCUUAUACACAACUUUUGUAAGUGAGCUAUAUGCCUAGUUAAUGAUUGAUAAAUAAUAAGUGCCUUCACCAUAAAUAGAGAAUACUCCAUGUCAUGUUUUUAUAUUGAUUUUCUGUGUUUACAUAGCUUAUAAUGUGAGUAAUCCAUGCUAGGAUUUUAGGAAUUUAUUACUAAUUGGAUUGACCAUGAAAUCUACUAAUUAAAAGGGUAUACAGUGCCUUGCAAAAGUAAAAUGCCCCUUGGCAUUUUUUGUGUUUUGUGGCCUCACAACCUGCAAUUAACAUGGAUUGUUUGAGGAUUUGCAUCAUUUAAUUUACAGAACAUGCCCACCACUUUGAAGAUGUUUUGUUUUAAUUUUUUUAUUGUGAAGCAAAAAGGACAAAAUAACAGACAAAGUCAAUGUGCAUAACUAUUCCUCCUAAAGUCAAUACUUUGUAGAGCCACCUUUUGCUGCAAUCACAGCUCCAAGUCGCUCUGGAUAAGUCUCUAUGAGCUUGCCACAUCUUACCACUGAGAUUUUUGCUCAUUCCUUCUAGCAAAAUUGCUCCAGCUCCUUCAAGUUGGAUGCUUUGUGCUUGUGAUCAGCAAUCUUUAAGUUUGACCACAGAUUUUCUAUUCGAUUGAGGUCUGGGCUUUGACUAGGCCAUUCCAACACAUUUUCAUGUGUCCCCUUAACCCCUUAAGGACCAAACUUCUGGAAUAAAAGGGAAUCAUGACAUGUCACACAUGUCAUGUGUCCUUAAGGGGUUAAACCCCUCAAGUGUUGCUUUAGCAGUGUGUUUGGGGUCAUUGUCCUGCUGGAAGGUGAGCCUCCAUCCUAGCCUCAAAUCACACACAGAGUGGUACAGGUUUAGCUCAAGAAUAUCCCUGUAUUUAGCACCAUCCAUCUUUCCCUUAACUCUGACAAGUUUCCCAGUCCUGGCUGCUGAAAAACAUGCCCACAGCAUGACACUGCCACCACCAUGUUUCACUGUGGGGAUGGUGUUUUUUGGGUGGUGUGAUGUGUUGGGUUUGCACCAGACAUAGCGUUUUCUUUGAUGGCCGAAAAGUAAAAUUUAAAUCUCAUCAGACCAGAGCACCUUCCUCCAAACAUUUUGGGAGUCUCCCACAUGCCUUUUCGCAAACUCAAAACGUGGCAUUUUGUUUUUUGCUGAAAGUAAUGGUUUUCUUUUGGCCACUCUGCCAUAAAGCCUAACUCUAUGGAGCGUACGGCUUAUUGCCGUCCUAUGUACAGAUACUCCAGUCUCUGCUGUGGAACUCUGCAUCUCCUCCAGGGUUACCUUAGGUCUCUGUGCUGCCUCACUGAUUAAUGCCCUCCUUGCUCAAUCCGUGAGUUUUGGUGGGUGGUCGUCUCUUGGCAGGUUUGCUGUUGUGCCAUGUUCUUUCCAUUUGGAUAUGAUAGAUUUGAUGGUGCUCCUGGGGAUCAUCAAAGAUUUGGAUCUUUUUUUUUUUAUAACCUAACCCUGACUUGUACUUCUCAACAACAUUAUCCCUUACUUGUUUGGAGAGUUACUUGGUCUUCAUGGCAGUGUUUGGUUAGUGGUGCCUCUUGCUUAGGUGAUGCAGCCUCUGGGUCCUUUCAAAAAAGGUCUGUAUAUGUAAUGACAUAUCAUGUGACACUUAUUGCACACAGGUGGACAUCAUUUCACUAAUUAUAUGACUUUUGAAGGUAAUUGGUUUCAUCAGAGCUUUUCAUGGGCUUCAUAACAAAGGGGGUGAAUACAUACGCACAUGCCAGUUUUCUGUUUUCUAUUUCUAAAAAAAUAGUUUUAUGUAUAUAUUUUUCUCAUUUCACUUCACCAACUUAGACUGUUGUGUUCUGAACCAUCACAUACAAUUCAGAUUAAUAAAACAUUGAACUUAAGGCUGUUAUGUAACAAAAUAGGUAAGAAGUCAAGGGGGUGGGGUGGGCUGAAUACUUUUGCAAGGCACUGUAUAUUAUGUAAUCUGUAUACUGACCUUUUUUGGUACACAUCCCCAACAAAAAGAUGGCCAUAACACCUCUUCCAGAUACAAUAUGAAACAAUAUGUUUUGGGGAGAAAACGAUUACAUACAUGGACAUCAUAACACGCAUCCUACAUACUCACAAAACAUCACGUAUGGGUAUUAAUCGUAUCUAUAACUACAUGCUUGAAUCAGGAAGUAAAGAGCCACAUUGACCCAAUUACUUUCAAUCCACACUCACAAUACGUUACUUAGUUACAUGCUGGAAACCGGAUAUGAGAAGCUACACCAUCUGCACCAGCAAUGGAUUUAUUACCUCCUCUAUAUAAUGAGGACAGUUUCAAGAACACAUGACCUUUUUGAAAAAAGCCCCAGGUUGAAACACUUUAAGUAUUGACUUGUUUAUGUAGUGUUUCAUUUCCAAAUUGUAUUGUUUUUACUUUGUACCAAUACAUUUUAGUUCUAUUUUAUAUUUAUACCAUCUCCACUAAUUUUAUUCAACAACGUGCUUCCACUGUGUCCGCGGUGGCGAUCAAACCACCAAAGCUCGCUAUACCCAAGUUCAUGCACUGGAAUUUAUAAGUAGGAUACCUUAGUUUAUUGAAUGCAUCUUUCAAAUACUACAUACUGUGCCACUGGACUAUUUUUUCUUUUCAUUUUAUUCACGUACCUUGCUACAUUGAAGACAUCUGGUGUCCCUGAUUGCAUUAUAUCCUAAAACAGGGAUUGUACUGUCCAUGCUGAUUACCUCUGAGCUUUCAAUAGCUCCAGAAAGUGUGUUUGUUUUUGGCAUAUCUACUAAACAUUUAAUAUGUGAUUUCAAAUUGCGAAUUCAGCACUGCUACCACUACCAACACCAGGCAUUGGCAACACUACUCUGACCCACACAAAGUAGACUCUGCUGUGAUUUUUCCUAGUUGCUUCUUGGGGCGUGGGGCACCAAAAAAAAUAUGAUGCUUGAAAUUGCUGUAAUAGAAGGAGCAGCAAUGCCAGUGCAGGUGUCACCACAUGUUGUUGUCACAUAAAAAAGGAUGGGUAAAAGUGUCUCCUGGAUGUUGUACGGACAUGCUGUUAAUCCCAAUAUCCUGAUUACUACUAAUAGUUGUGGUGACAGCGGUGUAAGUGGUGCAGGCUAGAGUGGUACAGCUGUUAGCAGUCCCCUUACUCUACGCUCUCACAAAUUAAUCUCAAGGUUACUACAAAACAUUGAUUAUGGUGGGUUUUCUUAUUACAAUAAAUUAGGCAUAUUGAUGAUUGUGUAUUGUGUAAUGUAACAACUUUAUUCAGCAAACAUAGAUAUUUCUGUUGCAAAAUGCAUAGCUAACAAAGUAAGUCUAGUCACAAAGUAGAAUCAAUGACCCAGGCUAUCUUCCACACCGACACAACAAGUAUCACUGCUGUUCUAUCUCCCUCAGUAGCUGCAGCCAAAGUGUCUGGAAGAAUCCUCUUGGAAGUAUAGAUUGAUUUAACGCUUCUUUUUUCCCUCAAUUGGUCAGUUGUCACUUGAUAUGUAAAUUAAGUAAAUAUUUAGUGGCUGUCACACAACCAUUAGCCAUCUUUUUUUACCCCUUGAUUGGACAGAAAAUCUAGCCCACAUGAUUGGGCAAAACUAAGCUGUGUAUUUGCCCCAAGCAAAAAAACAAAAACAACACCCUCUCUGUUCCCGUCUACUUUCUUUCUGGUGCCUGAAAUUAAUCUCCAAGUCUACUAGACAUAUUACAUACAAGUUUGAAAUAAUGUUCAGCGUCUCUAUAUAGAAACUCACAGGUAAUGACUUGUUAAAUUUAUAUAUGCAAAUUACUUCAAUAAAUCAUGCUAGAUGGUUUUACACUCAUCCAGAAAUGCCAAUGAAUUGGAAACCAUUCAGUUUAACUUUGAACUGCAUCCUCUUGGUUUUAAUGUACAUCAUAACAUAGCAGUAACUUUUUAUAUUCUCCUUUUAACUUGUUUGUAAUUGAUACCAUUAUAUCAGGCUUAUUCACUUUAUUUUAUAUUCCUUUGGCAUGCUUGAACUCUCACACUUUAAAUAAUAUAUUUCAAAAUAAACAUAUGAGUUAUUUAAUGGAUUGUAUUAUGUUUUAGCUGUAAUGAAAGUUCACGAAGACUUUUUCCUCUAUAAAAGUGGAAUCUACAAACACACAGAUGUGGCAAAUAGUAGAUCAAAAAUACAUCAAAUGAGUGGCUUCCAUUCUGUCAAAAUAGUUGGGUGAGUAGAAAAUACCUUUUCAAUAUUCUAUAUUAUUAUAAUAGUUUUGUCUAAUUUGUAUUGUUUUUAAUGAUGCAAUACCUCUUUAUAAGAGAAACCAAAAUAAUAGUUAUUCAUAAAUAACUGAUACACUUUCAUCUGUAGUUCCCUAUGUUACAAUCAACCUUUAUUACAGAGUAUCUGGUAAAAAGCACAGAAUGUGUACUCUUGUGUACUUUAAGUCUCUCCAAGUGGGGAGCAAACAUAACAUGCAAUAGAGGGCUGGUAGUAAAGACCUCAUAGACUUUACAUGUGAUUUAAGAUGUAUUUUUGGAAGUUGUUCAUUUUUAAGGUAAAAUCUUUAACGUUUCUGUGCAAAAUCAACGAAGAUGUUUGUUUAUGACUUUGCAUCAUACAUUUUAUAAAUUUGUCCUCUUGCUAUGAAUGAGAACUGAUUAGUAGAUAUAUGCAUGGUGGUAAAGUUUGACUCAACUGAAUAAUUUAAGUAUUAUGUAUAUAUUUUUCAGUACACUGAUAGGUGCAUUUUUCCAUCAUUUGGCUUCACAGAUUAAGUAUGAAAAUGUAACCAAUAGAGGGAAAAAGAUGAGCAGUAGAAAAAAAAUAUUUUUUAUUUGAUUUAAUAUAUAAUAUAUAAAUGUAGAUGCUUUUAAUGUUUACUGGCAAUCCUAUUUUUACAUCCAUUGGUCACUUCUCAUGUGAACUGUGAAUAAAAUCAUAAUUUAGUGGCUUCCCCGUAGCCAUUAAUCAUCAUUUUUCCCGUCAAUCAUUUCUUUUUUUGGCACCUUCUUUUGCCACCUUCUUAGUCAGUUGGUUGGUUAUACAUCAAUAUAGAAACAUAGAAUGUGACGGCAGAUAAGAACCAUUCAGCCCAUCUAGUCUGCCCAAUUUUCUAAAUACUUUCAUUAGUCCCUAGCCUUAUCUUAUAGUUAAGAUAGCCUUAUGCCUAUCCCACACAUGCUUAAACUCCUUUACUGUGUUAGCCUCUACCACUUUAGCUGGAAGGAUAUUCCAUGCAUCCACUACCCUCUCAGUAAAGUAAUACUUCCUGAUAUUAUUUUUAAAACUUUGUCCCUCUAAUUUAAGACUGUCCUCUUGUUGUGGUAGUUUUUCUUCUUUUAAAUAUAGUGUCCUCCUUUACUAUGUUGAUUCCCUUUAUGUAUUUAAAUGUUUCUAUCAUAUCCCCCCUGUCUCGUCUUUCCUCCAAGCUAUACAUGUUAAGAUCCUUUAACCUUUCCUGGUAAGUUUUAUCUCGCAAUCCAUGAACCCGUUUAGUAGCCCUUCUGUGAACCCUCUCUAAGGUAGCAAUAUCCUUCUGAAGAUACGGUCUCCAGUACUGUGUACAAUCCUCCAAAUGAGGUCUCUCCAGUGUUCUGUACAAUGGCAUGAGCACUUCCCUCUUUCUACUGCUAAUAACUCUCCCUAUACAACCAAGCAUUCUGCUAGCAUUUCCUGCUGCUUUAUUACAUUGUCUGCCUACCUUAAAGUCAUCAGAAAUAAUCACCACUAAAUCCCUUUCCUCAGAUGUUGAGGUUAGGACUCUAUCAAAUAUUCUGUACUCUGCCGUGGGUUUUUACGUCCAAGAUGCAUUAUCUUGCACUUAUCCACAUUAAAUGUCAGUUGCCACAAUUCUGACCAUUUUUCUAGUUUACUUAAAUCAUUUGCCAUUUGGCUUAUCCCUCCUGGAACAUCAACCCUGUUACAUAUCUUAGUAUCAUCAGCAAAAAGACAUACCUUACCAUCAAGACCUUCUGCAAUAUCACUAAUAAAAAUAUUAAAGAGAAUGGGUCCAAGUACAGAUCCCUGAGGUACCCCACUAGUGACAAGUCCAAGCUUCAAAUAUAUUCCAUUAACUACAACCCUCUGUUGCCUGUAACUCAGCCACUGCCUUACCCAUUCAACAAUAUUGGAAUCCAAACUUAAAGAUUGCAGUUUAUUGAUAAGCCUUCUAUGUGCAACAGUGUCAAAAGCCUUACUGAAAUCUAGGUAAGCAAUGUCUACUGCACCACCCUGAUCUAUAAUUUUAGUUACCCAAUCAAAAAAAUCAAUAAGAUUAGUUUGGCAUGAUCUCCCUGAAGUAAACCCAUGUUGUCUCUGAUCUUGAAAUCCAUGUGUUUUUAGAUGUUCAACAAUCCUAUCCUUUAACAUGGUUUCCAUCACUUUCCCCACUACUGAAGUAAGGCUUACUGGCCUAUAGUUGCCCGACUCCUCCCUAUUACCUUUCUUGUAAAUGGGCACAACAUUCGCUAACUUCCAAUCUUCUGGGACUACUCCUGUUAACAAUGAUUGGUUAAAUAAAUCUGGUUUUGCUAGUACACCACUAAGCUCUUUUAAUAGCUUUGGGUGUAUUCCAUCAGGUCCCAUUGACUUAUUUGUCUUUACUUUUGACAGUUAAAAUAGAACCUCUUCCUCUGUAAACUCAUGUGUAAUAAAGAACUCAUUUAUCCUUUUUCUUAACUGAGGUCCCUUUCCUUAAUUUUCAUCUGUAAAUACAGAACAAAAAUAUUAAUUGAGGCAGUCAGCUAGACCUUUAUCCUCUUCUACAUACCUUUCUUCUUUUGUUUUUAAUCUAACUAAUCCUUGUUUUAUUUUUAUUUUCUCAUUUAUGUAUCUAAAAAAAGUUUUGGCCCCCUUUUUUACUGACUGUGCUAUUUUCUCUUCUGUGUGUGAUUUGGAAGCUCUUAUAACUUGCUUAGCCUCUUUCUGCCUAAUCUUAUAGAUCGUUUUGUCUUCCUCACUCUGUUUUUUUUAUAAUUACUAAAUGCUAACUUUUUGUUUUUAACUAUUUCGGCCACAUCUGCUGAGUACCACAGUGGUUUCUUGAAUUUUUUGCUUUUACUGACAAGCCUAAUGCAAUUUUCUGUUGCCUUCAAUAGUGCAACAUUUAAAUAAUCCCAUUUCUCUUGGACUCCAUUUAAAUUGCUCCAGUCUGAUAAUGACUCCUCUAUAUGGCACUUUGGAGGUACAAAAUUCAGCCAAACAGCUGAUUCUGAUUUGAAAUUUGACUGAAUCUGAAAACACAAGCCUGCUAGUUGGUAAUGUUACAAUGGAUACUCGUACACUAACUGAGCACAGUAAUAUCUUCAACAAACAAAGUAUUGCAGAGCAAGUCUUGCUGGACACAACUAUAUAUGAAGUGGGUACUGUCACGAACACACCCUACUUCAAGAGUGUGCGUGACAUAGUUGUGGUGGUGAAAGGGUUAAAGUUCACUAUUUGUCUGCACUAGACCGGAAAUAAUGACAAAACCCACCUUAACACCACCCACACUUAAACAUAACAAUAUAACUAUUACUAUUUUAAUACUGCCAACACCAAGACAAUUUAUAAAUGGGGUGCCUUGGUCCUCCAGGUACAUCAAUAAUAAAAACCCACCACAAUAUCUAUGUAAUUGCAAAAUACUAAUUAGUCUCUUCGUGUAACAUGAUUCUUAACCAGACAAAGGCAGAACAUAAUAAAUGAAUGAUUAUUAUGAGCAAAAAAUUGUUACAGUGUAUACAAAAAUAUAUGAUAAACAAAUUAUUUACACCAACAACAGAUAAAAACAAAAAGGAUAAAAUAAAAGAAGUCCUAAUUACUCAAUAGGUUUUCAAAGUAAAACAUCUGCCCAGGGGGUCUCUGGCAAGAAAGGAUGAUGGUGACUCACUCAAAAUUAUAUCUUGGCCCCAGGCAAGUACACCCAUACCCCUCCAAAUCAUUGGAUAUAUAUAUACCCUGUGGCUUUUCAAGUCUUGCCCAGGGGUGCAGUUAAGGUGUACUGAUAGAAAUAGAAAGUGACCACCUCCUUUGUUCCAGACAAACAUCAAUCCAAAUGGAAACAUUUGGCUCUAUCUUCUCUUAUGUACCUGCCACAGAAAUAAUAAAUGCAUCUUCAAAUUUAUUAUUUUCCCAUCCCAUAGACACGUUGCAUGCCCCACCCGAGAUCCAACAGGAUGGACAUCACAAUUCCUGCCACAGGGUUUAAGUUGUGCAACUCAUGUUUAAGCUUAAUUAAAAGAUUGGGCUUGUCCCAUUCCAAAAAUAAUAAAAAUGAGCCUUAAUUAUUAAGCUGUGGGUAAGUAUUAAUGUUUCUCUUGGAUAUGAUACUGGAACACACAGGUCUUCAUGAAACUAAUACCAUUACCAUAUCAAAGGAGUCAACUAUUAAUUGAGAGUUUCAGGCCAUAUGGUCAAAGUCAGUUAAUUUACAUUGAAACUAGACAUACAGGCGACUCAAGUGUAAAAUGUCUCACCUUGCAGGGCCUUUGAUAGUUUAAAAAGGCAAUCCUUUUCACACCUUGCAGAAGCCCCAUUUGGUCAAAAGAGCCAUUUGUCCUCUACCCAGAGGUCAAGUUAAUGAUGCACUACACAAGUUAUAUUAAAUAGCAAUAUUCCCUAGUGUAAUAAUAAAUUAUGCACCCUUGCCAUGACAGGUACUCUGACAAAUGUUAUAAUUUACUCUUCACUAGCUUCACAGCCCACAACGUCUUGAUUUUAUUAUCAUCCUUUUUUAUUCCUACAGCAUCUAGAAAUGUCUGUUAGUGCCUCAUAUCAUUUUUUACUCCGAAGAUAUUAGGAUAUAUUAAGUUUCAUCUUUCUGUUGACAUAAUAUUGUAAAAAUGAGCAUGCAAAGAUAGUCAAGAUGAACUCCCUAAGAAAGAUAAGCUUUUGACAUGAUGACACCUCCACUGUAACCUCCACCUCUGGAGUUAGUUGUCAAGUAAACAACUAAAAAUGCUAACUCAUUUAAAACAUUUCAGUCCUAAUCCGUUUCAAUCUUUUACUGAUAUCUGUUUGUAAUUCCACAAACCAAGUACUUUUUUUUUAAAGUACAAUGACUAUUUCAAACAACAAAUUAUCUUAUAUUUUAAAAUAAAGUGAUACAAAUAAAUGUGAAGUAAAAGGUGCUUCUGGUGCAAUUUGAAAAUAUCUUAUAUAGUAAUAUAGCAGCUGUGGCACUCUGUGGAUACUCCUUACAUCUCACAACCAAAACAGUAAAAACAUAAAAAUAUUUAGUAAUUAGAUGAUGUACCCCACCUCCCAAACACUAAAGUACAAUUUUGGUGCUUUGUAACUUUACAACUGAAAAAGCUUACCCCUAAGUAUAUGCACAAAUAACAAAUGUUCUUCUACACUCUCACAUAUAUCAUUUAGUGAAUGUCAAAGAAUUAUGUUGGGUAAAAAAAAAUAAAAAAUUGAAGCCAUUAAGUUUGGUAAAACAACUUAUGGAUCAAAAGAUGUACUUGAAAACUACAACUAAAUGCAUCUCUCUGCACUAGAUGCUAAAUGCUACUAAAUGGCAUACAAAUAUAUUUAGCUGGGAAAGAUGCAUUUUGUUUUUGUAGGUUUCAAGUAUAUCCUUUGAUCUAUAAGCUGUUUUUACCCAACUUAAUGGUAGUCAUAUUAUUGACCUAAGAAGGGUAAAAGGUAAAGUUGGCCUUGCCGUGGACCAGUACGAACGCUCUGAGAUACUGCAAUUGGAGUCUUAUUCACUUAGUCAUCUCACUAUAGCAGAAACUUUUCCAUUAGACUUGCAUUCUCUUAUAGCACAACAUUUGAUAAAUGGUAAAUUUUAAAAAUAAUGCCGAUCAAUGAUCAGCCAAGUGUACAGGGGCUUUUAAGAGAUCAGGAGCUACCAAAUAUCAGUAGUUCAACUAUAAGUGGAUAGUCCAUUAUGCUUCUCCACAGUGCUUGUAUGUUGUUUCGGCUCUUUCUCCAUCUAUACCCUAAAACAUUUUUAUUAUGUCAGAGGAUGCAAACUAACAGACAGCAACUAUUUUAGUACAGAGACCAAAUCUGCUAUGCCUAGUCUUUUUCAGUUUACAUUUAUUCUGUUCUGGUGUAUUCUUAUCUCAAAUUAUAUUUUUAAGACUGUAUUAAGAGUGGAACAAUAAAAAAAUUAAAUAUUCAACAAAUGAAUGUUCCAUUACCACCUUUUUUUAACAAGACAGGGCAUUGUAGGGUGACAACUGACAACUUACACAGUUCCAUAUUCAUUAAGACUGAACUUUCAAGGGUAAAAACAUGUUUUCUUUUGCAAAAUAAUGGGCAAACAUUCAGUCAUUAUAAGAUAAUAUUGCAGUGUCAGAAAUGCAGAAUGUACAGAACUCAAAUUAAUUAAAAGAUAAUAAUGUCUAGCUAUUUUAAGCAUUUUCAUUAGUAAAAUCUUUGUCGCCUUUCAGUUUUACAUGGACAGGAAGAUAUUGUGUGAAAAGAACGGUCAUGUUUCCAAAUCUACAAUUCAGUUAUUAAACUGCAGAAUAUGCUAUUGAUUUUUAAAUGGAAUACACACAGCAUUUGUUUGGCAAAAUUCUGUAAUGUAUUGAGGUUUUUAUACAUAAAUAUACAUAAAACCGGGGCUCACAUCAGAAAUGUUGGGUCCCUACACAGCUCAAGGCCCGCGCCCCCAGCCUGCCCCAAAUCACUGACAGGUGCUGCCCCCCUAUUCCACCACCAUCACAUAGGCACUAAGAUCUGUGAUGUAAUGAGUGUGGGUAUAGGCGAUAUAGUGAGUGUGUGUAGGGGCUGCAAUGUGUUGGGCUGUAAUGUCUACAUGUACAUUAAAGCAAGUGUAUUAUAUGAAUACAAAUUAUAUAGCUAGUACUUCAUAAACACAAUUAUACUUUUAAUAUAUUCACAUUUAAAUAUCAAUAUCCUACACUUUGAUUAAUAUAUAUGUGUUUAUAUGCAUGAUACUCUCACAAAUCACACAUUUUCUUUUUUACACUUUUUUUCACUAUUUAAUUUUUGCAAUGAUUUAAAGAUUUAUGAUUCAUUGAGCUUGAGCUUCCUCUCCAGGUAGCAUCUCCUAGUUUUCUCUAGGGAGUUUCCAUUAAUUUUUGCAAAUUUUUCCAAUAAAUUAAGUAAACCUAUUGAUUUUUUUUCCUUUAAACUUUGUCCUUUUUACUGAUUCACACACUUGCUCUUUUUGACACACACUGACUCAAAUACUCCCAAACACCACAUUUUCUGACACACACUUUCCCUUUCCAGUAAUUUUCCAAGGCUGGCACUUAGAGCCGGUGCUGCGAUAAGGCAGCAUUGUCAGCAAGGUCCUUCUAGCCUCAACGCAGCCCAGCCUCCUAACGCCCCUGUGCAGCCCAGCCCAGAUGUUUCUGUAUGUCUGUGUCUCUAUGUCUCUGUAUGACAGUGUCUGUGUGUCUCUGUAUGACUGUAUGUCUGUAUUUGUAUGACUGUGUGCCUGUAUUACUGGGUAUGAUUGUGUGCCUUUUAUGAUAAAGAGGCCCACACAGGGGAUGUGGUAAAGAAAGAAGCAAAGAAAGGGCCUGGUGUGACUAAGAGACAAAGAAAGGAGUUGGGGUAAGAAUGAGAUGCCCAAAGUGGUGGAGGUAAGAAAGAGAAACACAAACUAGCUGGGGGGGGGGUGAGUAAGAGACAUACAAAGGGGCUAGGGGAAGAAAGAGACGCACAACAGGGGGUUGUCAGAUACACUAAAGGGGGAUUAACAUCCACCAAAUAGGCAAAAGGGGUGACAUUUAAAAACUAAGGGGGCUAUGAAAUUCAAAAAGGAGGGGGGGGGGUUACAAGACACAGAUGAAGACACAUUUUGUUUUGGGGGGUGGGGCGGAAAAAUGCAUAAUUGCCUGUGUAGCUAAAAAUCCUUGCACCGGCCUUGCUGGCACUCGGUCUGUAGCCUGUCCCCUUCACAUGUGAUGCCCCACCCCUUUCUCUGUCAUACACGAGUGCUUGUCACCAGUGGGAUCUCUAGGAUUCAUAUUUGGGGGGCACAUGGACAUAUAUAUUGUCAGGAUUACUAGUUUAUCCAGCACAGAGAAUUAUAUCACACCUAGGACUAAAGGCAACGUCUUACCGGACCUUAGAAUGGCCGGACUUAACGUAUCAGAGAAUAGUCAGAAUACUUGCCGAGGUCAGGUAUACAGAAGAAGACACAACGAUGAGGGAAAACCAGAAGUCAAGGAUACCAGAAUUCAGGGAAAUCAAAACGAAGCCAAAGUAAAAAAAACUGAAUUGAAACGAACAGGAACACAAUCUCGGAUAACCAACUUGGGGAAGCCAUAACAGGGCCCUGAACCAAAGGUAACUGGGGAUUAAAUAACCCUCCUUUGGCUGUAAUUGUCUACCUCUGACUCCAAAAUGUGCGUGUGCGUCUAUGACGUGACUUCGCAUGCACAUUGGGGCCAUCUUUGUUGUGGGCAAAGGUAAGUAUUUUACAAAAAUCCAAACCGCAGCGGUUGGAGCCCCUAAGAGCAGUAUAAUGAAGAAAAAAGGUUCAGGCACUCCUUGGUUCAUUCUCUGACACACACUCACAAAUUACUAAUAUUAUUUUUAUUUGUCCACCCAGCCUCCCUACCUUUGGGAGGGAUAGUGGAUCUGUCCCAGGCAAACAGUCACACACAAAGAGGCACACAGUCACAAACACACACCGUCACACACGCAGUCACACAUAGAGGCAGACAGCCACACACACAGUUACAGUCACAGAUACAGAGGCAGAUAGUCACAUACAGAGGCUGACAACCACACACACAGUCACACACACAGAGGAAGACAGUCAAACAGAGAGGCAGACAGUCACACACACACAAACCGUUUCAGUCAAACACACACAGUUACCUCUGUAUUGGCUGGAUGGGAGGCAGUUGCAGUUCCUGGACUCUGGAUGUUGGGGAAGCAGGGACUCCUUCCUGCUUCCCCUUUGCUGUGCAGCAGUUACCCGGACCAGCAUGUCUUCUGGGCGUUUUAGCCCUGCCCCCACCAUCAUUUAGCCCUUGUCCCGCAGCAAUGUAUUUUUUUAAAUAAUCCCUGGUAGAGAAUAUACACACUGACACACUCUCAGAGACACAGACACUCACUGACAAACACGCACAUAUUCACUGACACACUCACUAACAGACACACACACACCUACUAGCAGAUACAUACUAAAAGUCACACACACAUUCAAUGAUAAACACACAGAUGUCACUGACAGACACAGACUCUCACUGAUGUGACAGACACUCACAGACAGACACAUACAAAAUUCACUGACAGAUGCACACAUUCACUGGCAGACAUACACACACACUCACACAUUGACUGACAGACACACACACACACACACACACACAUUCUCUCACAAAUUACUAAUAUUAUUAAUUUAAUUUGUCCACCCAGCCUCCCUACCUUUGGGAGAGCUAUAGUGGAUCUGUCCCAGGCAGACAGUCACACAGACACACAGACACACAGAAGCAGACAGUCACACACACACACACACACACACACAGUCAGACAGCCUUCCCGCACACACAGUUACAGUCACACACACAGAAGCAGCCAGUCAUAUACAAAGGCAGACACACACACAGUUACAGUCAUACACACAGUUAGUCACACACAGAUGCAGACAGCCACACACACCCACAGUUACAGUCAAACAUACACAGUUAUAGUCACACAGCUUCAUCUGUCCAUUAUGGGCUAAAAGGGAGGCAGUUGCAGUUCCUGGACUUCGGCAUGUUAGAGAAGCAGGGACUCCUUCCUGUUUCCCCCUUGCUGUGCAGCAGUUACCUGGACCAGCAUGUCUCUUGGACAUUUUUAUCCCUGCCCUCACCAUCAUUUUGCCCCACCCUGCUGCAUUGUAAGCCAGGGGUGCAUCGAAGGCCCAGACUCUGUAGUGGCAUUAGUAUUCAUUUUGGCCGUAUGGCAGCUAAAAUAUAUAUGCUCUCUGUCUCCAUGAUACACUAAUUUACACUGCACAUUACUGUGCAUUUUAUUGCUGUGGCGGACUGUGAUAAAUUCAUACAUAUGGCACAUUACAAUGAGAUUUAUUACUAGGGAGUUCUAGAUGCUCUUAUAGUGUAUAAUAUUGAGAGUUUUAUGCUCUAUGAUAAUACACUCUGCACAUGUUAUUGCAAUGGAGCUUUUUUUCCAUACUCAUACACAACUUACAUGAAGAACCCUAACAGCCUCACCUCUUUGCCUGUCCAUCUCCAGCUCCAUCUCCCUCUCCACCAUGCUCCAUCUCCCUCUCCCACAGCUCUCUCCCUCUCCUCCCACCUCCAUUUCCCUGUUCCUCUGCUUCAUCUCUUACUCCCCCCAGCUUCUUUACACUGUCCAUCUACCUCCCCACCCUAGUUCCACCGCCCUCUCUCCCCCAGAUCCACCUCUCACCCCCCAGCUCCAUCUCCCUCUCUCUCCUGGCUCCAUCUCCCUGUUCCUCAGCUUUACCUCAGCUCCUUCCCACCGUACAUCUCCCUUCCAACCCCUGCUCCACCCAAAUCCACCUCUCUGCCCAAGCUCCCUCUCUUCUCUCUAACUCCCUCUCACCCCCCACCUUCUCUCCUCCUAGCUCCAUUUCACUUCCUCUUGCUCCAUUACCACUCUGAUCCAACUCUCUCUCUUGUUCCCAUAUCCAACCUCCUCUCAUACCCUCACUUCCAGCUCUAUCUCCCUCUCUCCUACCAGCUCCAUUGUGCUCUCUUUUGCCUCUUUCUCCACCAACUUCACAUCACCUUUUCUCCUUCUAGCUCCAUUUCCAGCAUCUUGUCCUUCUUCCCCUCAAGAACAGAGCAACUCCCUCCUGACAUUGCAUCUCCCAUGUGAUGUGCAGUUGAAGGGUACCUUGCUGAGGGUAAUUUCUUCUCCCUCUAUCAAUGGUUUAAUGCCUUUCUGCACUGUGAUGGAACUGUGUGCAGUCAAGUACAGACAAGCUGGGACUGGGCACAUUUGCUUUUGCUUUUACCUCCUUCCAAAUAUGUUGCUGUGUGAGGACUGGAUGGCUUUUGCCACUCCUUAUCUACUAAAUAGUAGAAGCAAUGCCUUCUGAUGGUGACCCUGAGACCCAUACACUGGUAUGGGCUUUACCACAUGAUGGUGGCCUUGCUUAAGACUUGUAAAGACAAGUUAAAGUGAAGCAUAUAACAUUAUCUAUGGAUUUUACAGCAGCUAUGGAAAACUGCAAGUGUGUGCCAGUAGAGCAGCAUUUUUCUAAAGAUAUACAUUAAUAUAUAAAUAUGUUUAGAGAGAGAGAGAGAGAGAGAUAGGGGUUGUUUGUUAUCAUUCCUACCUGGAUAUUUACGCCUUGAUUAAAUAAGCUGUCCAAGUGAUUCAAUACUGUUAGAAAACUAGAUGCGUACUUGCAAAAACUGAAUAUUCAAUUAUGUAAUGUUUCAACUGUAUAGUAAUAGCUUCUUGAUCCAAGGAUAAAUCUGACUGCCAUUCUGGGGUCAAGAGGAAUUCUUUUUUCCUAGUUUGCUGCAAAAUUGGAAGUGCUUAAAAUUGUUUUGGUUUUGUUUGCCUUCUUUUGGAUCAACAGCAAAAAGCAAAUGUGAGGAAGGCUGAACUUGAUGGACACGUCUCUUUUUAGCCUAUGUAACUAUGUAAUUUUCUUGCCAUGCAAGUCUAUUAGACUGCCAUUAAGGUAAAAAAAUACCCAAAGGUAAUCUACAAUACAAUAAUAACAGAGAAAACCAUAGUGCAAUAAUGUUUUAACAAUUGUGAGUGAACAAUUGGAUAAUAAGUCAUACUCACAAACCAAAAUUGAUUUUAGGCAAAUCAUGAAAUUCUGGAAGCCUCAGGACUUGUGGAACAUCAUGGCAGAUAUAGAAGGAAAAAAAGAAAAUAACAGUGCAGAGUAUCUUAGUAAAAAUGACACUUUAAUAUAAAGGCACACUUACAGGAUGAGAGUGGCAAAUAGGCACAUCAAAGAAAGAUUUCUGGACACAGGAUCCCAGGGUCAGGAGAACCAGAGAGCAAACCAUAAACAAAUAAAAUAAAACUGCCAUUAAAUGUUGACAAUAAAAUGAUGAUACCAAACAUUUAUAAUAUAAAAUGGCAAACAAAUAGUGAUUAGCAGCAUAGGUAAGCAUCUUUCAGGAGGAACAAUUCUUUCUUUUCUUUGUGGUCUGUAUAAUGUUAUCACUAAACUCAAUACCAAUCUGCUGACCCAAACAUCUGGUCCAAUAUGGUCCCUUACCUUUCCACAUAGGAUUUAUCAUACUAUUUUUUCAAGCGGUAAUCAAAUAUAGGAUUCUAAAUGUUAAAAUGAGAUUUGAAUAUAAUUGUAUAUCUUCUGCUUUAUAUUUUACUUGUAUUGAUAGAAUGAUAUGAAGCAUUAAUUAAUGCAUAGCCAAAUGUGUAUAGUAAGGUCCUAUGUCCUGCUUCAUACUUAAUACAAAUAAAUUGACAAAAAUAAUAAUAAAAAAAUGAGAAUAAUAAUAAAAAAACCUUUAUUAUUAGAUACUCUCUGAACUUUUGUAAUUAAAUUUGGAAUAUAUUAAUUAAAGAUACACAUCUAUAGAAUAUUAAUAAAAAAUAUGCAGGAUAAAAUAUGACCAUGUAUACUAUCAAUUAAUUUCAAAUUCACAAAGUGUGUUUUUCUAAGACUUACAGUCGCUGCAUAGAUAAUAAAGUGAAUGGUUGUAUGAUGGUUAAUACUCCUCUAAAGAAAGCUUACAUGUUGUCCUUCAGCGCCGAAUCUGGGAAAGGUUAUUGUUAUUCACAAAGUGAGAACUGAGAGUGAAUUCAAAGUGGAUUUCAAAUUUAAGGCCAGAGUAGCUGAAUUUUUCCAGUCCAGCAACUUUGAACUUACGUUUGAAAUUCACUUUAAAUUCUCUACCUUAGUGAAUAACUCUGUUAGAAUUCUAAGUUAAAUUCCAUGUCAAGGUUAUAUGUUCCACUACAUUCCUCUGUCCUGCACUCGUUCAACGUGUUUCACCCAGUAAUACAAGCUUUUUCAUUGAUCUACAUUUUUCUAUGUCCUACGUUUGCCUGGGAGACCACAUUGCUGUCAAUGUGUGUGUGUGUGUGUAUUGCAUGUAAGAGAUGCCUUGACCAAUUAUUUUUUUUUCCAGAUAAUAUUGCAGGACAUAAAUCCAAACCACUGUGAAAUGAAAACCUCAUAAACUAUAUCCAGUGAAUUAAUUUGUCACUUCAGAGGUCUUUUUGCAUUAUAAAACUCUUAUAACAAAGCAUAACUGAAAACUCCAGAGAUGGAGAUUAAUUAAUAUCAUGAACAGCUAACCUAUCUCCUUGCAAAGCCUUAAGAUGUAAUACAGUUUUAUAUCUUCACUUGCAAGUAUUUUACCAUAUUCAGAGACAGAGAGAGACAGAGAGAGAAAAAUAUCAACUAAUUAAUUAAUUAUUAAAAAAUCUAUUCUGCAUUUCUGUAACUUAAGUGUUAAACAUUCCAAUGCAUGGUAUAAAAGUAUUUCCUUUCUUGUAUCGCUUUUUUCAUAUUAAAUCAUACUGUAAUUAUUUUAAAUUUCUUUGCACAAUGGUACCAAAAUAUGGUAAUAGAUUUACAUGUAAUUUUAAUCCCCACAGGUAAACCAUUUACAUAUUACUGAACUGAGGAAGCAAAGUUACAGUAUAUAAAUUCCCUGUGCAUAAUGCUGUUUUCUGAAAGCAUAAUCUUUACUUCAGUUAUGGUCUUGCAUAAUCAUUCCUACUUAAAUUACUAUCAUGUAGUGACAGCUUAUUGUUAAAAAUAUAUGAGCAACAACAACACUUGGAAACAUGAUAUAUCUCGGCUGGUUAUAGCAGUGGUACUGUCGCUGUCUUAGAACCAGGGGAAACCCAGAUUUAAAUUCCAGUCAGUCCAGGUUAUCAGUAAGUGCACCUGUGCAAGAUGCCAAUAUAUCUUAACUUUUCUCCUGUUUGUAAAUUUUACCCAAUUUUACCUCAUUUUUAGUAUUGAUAUCAGAUUUCUUGUAUCUAAGCUUAUUAGCCUACCUAGUUUACAUUGGUGUGCAUUAUUUGGCCUCAGUGAUUUCUUUUGAUUGUAUAUAGUUUUAUAUUACAUGAGAUUUUACGCUCAACAUGCUAUAACAUUCUGGUGUACAUUUAGCACUAUAUGUUGUUCAAAUGAUUGCACGCAUGUGCAUACAGCUAAUGAAAAUACAGGACAGGACCUGCUAUAUAUAUAUAAAUAUGAAUAUUUUGGACAUUUUCACUAUCUGGGUUUUGAGUGUUUGGAUGUUAGCAGUUGCAGUUAACAGGCUUUAAGAAACGUUACCCUUUCAGCUGUAAUGCUUAAAGUAUUUUUUUUUAUCCAAGGCAUUUAGCAAGAGCUAGCCAAACCAGGAAGUAACAGAACCAGUUGACUGCUUAAAAGCCAGGGGAGUGUAACAAGGUUAAUUUAGAAAAGUGAAAUCUGCACUUUUAAACGGAAAAACUGUAAACUGAAAAACACAGUUACACUCUUCAAACAUGAAGAAUGGCAUCAAGCUAAAGUGCCAUAGGGGACAGAAGUGUUCCUUUAAAUAAUUUGAAAAGCUUAUCCAACUAUAUUAACCACUUAAGAACAGUGGGCAUACAAUGCCAUCCUUGAAAGGGUGGACCUAAAUGCCGUCCUCCCACCAUCUGCGGCGAUCCCGGUCCAGGGGUACUGCCUGAGACCACAGCUGUCCCCCUGCAGCAGCUCCAGCCACUUUGGCCCUCCACAUCACAUGGCCACAAUAGUAAUCUUUGGAGCUGCCUGCAGGGGACUGUCUGAGCUGUCAGGAAGUCCACCUGACUGCUAAAAAUAAAAAAAAUGAAGAGAAGUGACAGCACUCAGUCUUCCAUAAAAUCAAUUCUUUAUUAUAGCAAGAUUAAAAGUGGGAUCAAUGUUUCAGUCCUUUCCCAGGACUUUCAUCAGGAUCAAUAUAAUCAUCCCGAUGAAAUUAAUAUAUAUAUAUAUAUAUAUAUAUAUAUAUAUAUAUAUUUAUAUAUACACUGAACAAAAUUCUAAACGCAACACUUUAGUUUUUUCCCCCAUUUUUCAUGACUCAACUCAAAGAUCUAAGACUUUCUAUGUACACAAAAGGCCUAUUUCAUCCACCUCACAGGUUUGCUAUAUCAAGAUGUUAAUUAGACAGCAUGAUUAUUUCAAAGGUGUGCCUUAGGCUGGCAAUAAUAAAAAGCCUCUUUAAACAUGUCGCAAGUUUUGAGGGAGUGUGCAAUUGGCAUGCUGACUGCAGGAAUGUCCACCAGACCUGUUGCCCAUUAAUUAAAUGUUCAUUUCUCUACCAUAAUCCAUCUCCAAAGGUGUUUCAGAGAAUUUGGCUGUAUAUCCAACCGGCCUCACAACUGCAGACUACGUGUAACCACACCAGCCCAGGACCUCCACAUCCAGCAUCUGCACCUUCAAGACUGUCUGAGACCAGCCACCCGGACAGCUGCUGAAACAAUCGGUUUGCAUAACUAAACAAUUUCUGCUCAAACUGUCAGAAACCAUCUCAGGGAAGCUCAUCUGCAUACUCAUCGUCCUUAUCAGGGUCUCGACCUGACUCACAUUCAAUGGCGUCUGACACUUUGAAGAGAUGUUCUCUUCACGGAUGAAUCCCGGUUUUCACUGUACAGGGAAGAUGGCAGACAGCGUGUAUGGCGUCGUGUGGGUGAGCGGUUUGCUAAUGUCAACACUGUGGAUCGAGUGGCCCAUGGUGGUGGUGGGACUAUGGUAUGGGCAGGCAUAUGUUAUGGACAACGAACACAGGGGCAUUUCAUUGAUGGCAUUUUGAAUGCACAGUGAUACCGUGACAAAAUCCUUUGGCCCAUUGUUGCGCCAAUUAUCCAUGACCAUCACCUCAUGUUGCAGCAUGAUAAUGCACGGCCCCUUGUUGCAAGGAUCUGUACACAAUUCCUGGAAGCUGAAAACCUUACCGUUCUCGCAUUGUCAGCAUACUCACCAGACAUUUCACCCACUGAGCAUUUUGGGAUGCUUUGGAUCGGCGUAUACAAUAGCAUGUUCCAGUUCCUGCCAAGCAACUUUGUACAGCCAUUGAAGAGGAGUGGACCAACAUUCCACAGGCCACAAUCAACAAAAUGAUCAACUCUAUGCAAAGGAGAUGUGUUACAUAGUUACAUAGCUGAAAAGAGACUUGCGUCCAUCAAGUUCAGCCUACCUCACAUUUGUUUUUUGCUGUUGAUCCAAAAGAAGGCAAAAAAAAACAGUUUGAAGCACAAUUUUGCAACAAGUGAUCAUUUAUAUGUUUCAAAUAUAAAUAUUUGAAAUGAAAUAAAAGCCCUUUUUCUACUGAACAAAAUGAUAUAUAAUAAAUCUUUAAGUUUGGAUUCCAAUAUUGUUGAAUGUGUAAGGCAGUGGCUGAGAGACAGGCAACAGAGGGUUGUAGUCAAUGGAGUAUAUUUGAAGCAUGGGCUUGUCACCAGUGGGGUACCUCAGGGAUCUGUACUUGGACCCAUUGUCUUUAAUAUUUUUAUUAGUGAUAUUGCAGAAGGUCUGGAUGGUAAGGUGUGUCUUUUUGCUGAUGGUACUAAGAUAUGUAACAUGGUUGAUGUUCCAGGAGGGAUAAGCCACAUGGCAAAUUAUUUAGUUAAACUAGAAAAAUGGUCAGAGUUGUGGCAACUGACAUUUAAUGUGGAUAAGUGCAAGAUAAUAAUAAGGGCAGAGUACAGAAUAUUUGAUAGAGUCCUAACCUCAACAUCUGAGGAAAGGGAUUUAGGGGUGAUUAUUUCUGAUGACUUAAAGGUAGGCAGACAAUGAAACAGAGCAGCAGGAAAUGCUAGCAGAAUGCUUGGUUUUAUAGGUAAAGGUAUUAGCAGUAGAAAGAGGGAAGUGUUCAUGCCAUUGUACAGAACACUGGUUAAUCUACUGGUUAAAGUCUUAUUUUACUUAAUGAUUGAAGUUGUUAUAGUGUGCAUUCUAUAUUAUAUAUGGAUUCUGAUAUUUAAACACUUAAAAGACCACUAUAGUGCCAGGAAACAAACUUGUUUUCCUGGCACUAUAGUGUUAAUAGGUCCCCCCACCCUCAUGGCCCCCCUCCCACCGGGCUGAGGUUGGAGGAAGCGGUUAAACACUUACCUUUCUCCAGCGCUGGGUACUCUCCUCCUUCUUCCGACGUCAUCGGCUGAAUGCGCAUGUGUGGCAAGAGCCACGCUCGCAUUCAGUCGGUCCAAAGGGAAAGUAUUUCCCAAUGCUUUCCUAUGGACGUUGGCGUCUUCUCACUGUGAAAAUCACAGUGAGAAGCGCGGAAGCGCCUCUAGCGGUUGUCAAUGAGACAGCCACUAGAGGCUGGAUUAACCCAUAUGUAAACAUAGUAGUUUCUCUGAAAGUGCUAUGUUUACAGUAGGCAGGGUUAACCCUAGAUGGACCUGGCACCCAGACCACUUCAUUAAGCUGAAGUGGUCUGGGUGCCUAUAGUGGUCCUUUAACCCCUUAGUGACCAGGGCGUUUUUCAAAAUUCUUGCCGUUGGGUCCAAGGCUCUUUUUACAUUUCUGUGGUGUUUGUGUUUAGCUGUAAUUUUCCUCUUACCCAUUUACUGUACCCACACAUAUUAUACACUGUUUUUCUCGCCAUUAAAUGGUCUUACUAACGAUACUAUCAUUUUCAUCAUAUCAUAUAAUUUACUAUAAAAAAUUAUAAAAUAUGAUGAAAAAAAUUGAAAAAAACACACUUUUUUGAACUUUGACCUCCGAAAUCUGUUACGCAUAUACAACAGCCAAAAAACACCCAUGCUAAAUAGUUUCUAAAUUUUGUCCUGAGUUUAGAAAUGCCCAGUGUUAGCAUGUUCUUAGCUUUUUUUGGAAAGUUAUAGGGCUAUAAGCACAAGUAGAACUUUGCUAUUUCCAACCAAUUAUUUUCAAAAUUAACGCAAGUUACAUUGUAACACUGAUAUCUGUCAGGAAUCCCUGAAUAACCCUUCACAUGUAUAUACUUUUUAAAAGAAGACAACCUAAGGUAUUAAACCUGGGGUAUUUUGAAUCUUUCCAUGCAGCCAUGUUACCACCACUCUAUGCCAAAUAAAAAAAUAAUAAAUGGUGAUAUGUUUGCGACACAUAGCAAUUUAAGAAAAUAUGUACUGAGAACUUUAAGGGUUAUUGCCAAAGUACACACCAAUAUGUGUUCAGCAUCAUCUCCUGAGUACACCAACACCACCCAUGUAUAGGUGUUUUCUGGGGGCUAAAAGACCUUAUUUGGAGGGUGCGCAUUCCAGUUUUCAAACUUGGAAUUUUCACAGAUUGUUAGCAUGCACCCAUGUCCCAUUUGGGACAUUUUUGAAGACGGACAAUAUAAUUUACACCCAUCAAACCAUAUAUUUUUGAAACGUAGACACCCUAGGGUAUUUCAAAUGGUGGUAUUAUAACACUUUCCAUGCACUAAUUCUACCACCAGCCUCUGUCAAACAUUUGAGUAGUAAUUUUUUUGUGUUAUUUUUCACACACAUUCUACUUUAGGCAUGGAUUAUCAGCUCCUAUUAGGUGUUACUGCCAAAGAACACCCCAAUAUGUGUUCAGCAAUAUCUCCUGAGUCCAUGAUACCACCCAUACAUAGGUUUGUUGGAUUGUUUUGGGGUGCAAAGCCAAAUGUCUGACAUGUAUUUUUCAAAUUUUACAUAUUUUCUUUGCCUAUCUUCUUUUUGGGGGCCUUUUCAGAUAUCCCAAUUUAUUUUCUUGCCAUGAGCGUGCAUAUAUUUGAAAAGUUGACACCCCACAGUAUUGUAAAUGUGUUUUGAUGCCUUUAAAGCAAUAGUUUUAGUCAAAAAAUUGGAGGAAGUGUGUGGUGGUAAUUGUCCAAUUUUAAUUUUUACACACACAUUGCUUUUUGACUGUGAUUUAGGAGAGCCUGUUGUUGGUUAUUGCAAGAAAACAGUCCAGGAUGUCCCCCACACAUAGGGUAAAUGUAAAAAAAAAAAAAAUAAACACAAAAAAAACUGAACGGCUAAUGUAAUUUUUUUUUUUUUAAAUGGACCAGUGUGUGGUAUCGUUUGAAGCAGUCCCCAAUGCAGAGUCCCAGGCUGUCCAGGGCAAUCAGGACAGUGAUACACAGUAUCUUUUCUCUCCCCCCUCCUAAAACAGACUCUGCAUCUUUUUUGGGGGAUUCUGCUUUGCCGUAGUAGGGGGAAUUUUAAAAAUAAAAUGCGUAGCCCCAACUCUGCUCUCUCCCAUUACCGCCUGGGAAGCAGGUGCAUCACGGUACAAAAUCCCUGAAAUGAUCUGGAGCUGAAACUGUAAAAAAGUCAGUUGCAUUCCGGGGUUUGCUUUUUUGAACAACAAAAAAGCAUUGUGGGUUGCAAUCUGCAUUAGGUAGAUUGCAACCUUUUUGUACCAGGCCCUUGUCUUGCGUAUAAUUAGGUAGGGCUGCAGCAGCUGAUCUGCCAGAUCAACCCCACCCAUAUGCUAGUUAUAGGCCUUGAUGCACACUGGCUUCCUUGUGCUCUCAGCUCUGCCACAUACAGAGACCUCAACAGUCCUCUCAGUGUGGAUGGUGGUAAGAAGGUACACAUCCUUCUUGUCUCUGUACUUAACUGCCAACAGCUCCUCUUGACGCAGAGCUGAGGUCUUUCCCCUUUGUAGCCGGGUGCGUGCAAGUUGUCCUGGGAAACCUGCACGGUUCUUUUUUUAUUGUACCGCAAGCUAAUGUAUCAAAACAGUACAGUAGCGUGAACAAAGGUACAGUAGCUUGAACAAAGGGACACUUGUAUAAAAAUUGUCAGUAUACAAGUGGUAACCUUUGUUCAUCAGGGGGAAUAUCAGGUCCCAGACAAUCUUGCCACUGGUUCCCAUAUGUUCUGGGCAACCUGGAGAGUCAAGGUGGCUACCCUUUUCCUCGUACACCGGGAAGGCCUGAGUAUACCCAGUCUCGCUAUCACAGAGCUUAUACACCUUUACACCAUACCUAGAGCGCUUGGAAGGAAUAUACUGCUUGAAUCCCAGCCUUCCCUUAUACUUCAUCAGGGAUUCAUCCACGCAUAUAUUCCUUCCAGGUGUAUAAGCCUCUGCAAACCUGGCAGCGAAGUGGGUAAUCAGGGGGGAGAUUUUAUACAGCCUGUCAAACUGGGGAUGCACCCUAGGGGGGCACAGGCUGUUGUCACUGAAGUGCAUGAAAUUAUUUCAUUCCUCUUCCUCGACAUACAUUGGGAGUAAAUGGGGGUAGAGCAGAUGGGGCUACUGCUCCAGUAGGAGCGGAUGGAGGGCUUCGUUAUGAUGCCCAUCAGCAUAGUCAAUGCCCAGAAUCUUUGAAAUUCUGGCACAUCGAUAGGGGCCCAUUGCUGCUUUGCCAAAAAAGAUUCAGGCUUUGCAGCACGGAACUGAUGGGCAUAUAAAUUAGUUUGGGCUACAAUGUUCCCCAAUACAUCAUUGCCCAGAAACACCUCCAUAAACUGCUGAGGGCUAAAUCCUGCGACAUCCAAAUUGAUGCCAGGAUUUGCAAUGAAGGGUGGGAUAUCUGGCGAUGAGGCACUAUCCACUCCUCAACAGUACUGCCAGCUGGAGCAACACGUCUCCUUCUGGCAGGGGAACUAGCAGGCACAGAUACCACAUAACUAGAUACAUCACUAUCAGCAAACACUGUAUCUAGUGAUGAUGUAUCUGAGCACCUGGCAGGGUCAAAAUUAGGGUCGGAGUCUGACCUAGACGCGUCAGACUCUAACGCAAGGAUAGCAUACGCUUUCUCAAAGCUAUACGACCGCUGUGACCCGUGUGACAUGAUCACAAUAACUUUUCUUGAUCUGUCACAAAAAACACUAAAAAAGAAUUAACCCCUAAAAAAACACACAGACAGCAAAAUAAGUGCUGCUGUGCAAGAGCCUAUAUGAUAUAUACACUGAUUACUGGCAGGACAGGGGUUAAUAGCUCUGAAAAGAGCUUUUGGGUCUCACAAAAAAGAAAAAUUAUAAAAAAAUGAACCCCCCAAAAAAUGCACAGACCGCAAAAAAGUGCUGCUGUGCAAGAGCCAGUGAUCACUGGCAAGAUAGGGGUUAAUGGUUCUGAAAAGAGCCUUUGGGUCUCAAGAUUUUACAAAUCCUACCUAAAACAAUCUAAAACUACCUAAAUCUAUCUAGCUAAAGCAGAGAUCUCACUUCCUCUCCCACCAAAACAUAAGUGAAGAGAGGGAGGGAGAUCUACACUCAUCAGAUGCAAUAUUUACUUAUAUUGAACUGAUCAGACAAAUGGGGAUCAUAAUUACAAUAAAAAUGUUAUUGGGGCAAGCUCUGGUUGGAUAACCCUAGCCUGCCCCUAUCAUGAGGCAGGCUAGGGACACCCCCAGAAGCCCCAAGAUGCACUGCCUUUAGAAAUGCAGCACCAUCUUGGGAACCACAUGUCUGGGGGAGGGAGGGUGUGUGGUUAUUAUAUAUUAUUUUUAAUAUGAAAAAAAAUUUUUAAUUAUAUUUAUUUAUUUCUUCGCUGAGUGGAUGCCCGAUGGCUUCCGAUGCUCAGCUUUAACUGCCGAGCGCCACGUGGAGCAACCCGGAAGUGAUCGCUCUGGGGGGAGAGAUCAUCACAAAACAGCAGUAUUGCACGAUGGCAUCUCUGCAAUACUAUCACGAUCGCGUCCAGCGCUCAAAAUAACCGCGGACGUUCCACGUACAUCUGAGGUCCUUAAGGACUGUUUUUUUGUCGGACGUACCUAGUACAUCCGCGGUCAGGAAUGGGUUAAGGGAGUGUUUAUAUGGUUUGCACCUGGCUUUGGUUAAUAUAUAAUUUGGUCUCUCCAUGGGAUUUUGUUUUUUUGUACUAAAAAAGACUGAACAUACCCCAUUUGCAAUACCUUGGGUUGUCUUCUUUUGCAAAUGAUAUGCCAUCAUGGGGGUAAUUCUCAUUCCUGGGCUACCAUAUGCGCUCAUAGGCAACAUAACCAACCUGGCAAUUUUCAAUGUAAAAAAAUUGACCCUUAUUAUUUGACCCUGUAACUUUCAAAAACACUAUAAAAACUUUACAUGGGGGUUACUGUUAUACUCGGGAGACUUUGCUGAACACAAAUAUUAGUGUUUCAAAACUGUAAACCAUAUCACAACAAUGAUAUCAUCAGUGAAAGUGCCGUUUGAGUGUAAAAAAUGCCAAAAAAGUCACUUUCACUGACAAUAUCAUCGCUGUGAUAUGUUUUACUGUUAUGAAACAUUAAUAUUUGUGUUCAGCAAAGUCUUCCGAGUAAAACAGUACCCCCCAUGUACAGGUUUCAGGGGGUCAUAGAAAGUUACAGGAUUAAAUACAGUGCUAGCAAAUUAAAUUCUCUGGACUUUCGGCCUGGGUUGUCAGGCAGGUCCCUCAAAUUGCAAUCAAUAAAAUUACUUAAUUAUGUAAAAGUAUUUUAUUAUUAUGCAUUUAGAAAUUAAAAAUAUAUACAUAUUUAUGUUUUGAAGUCUAUGUGUAUAUUUAUGAAAUUAUGUAAUUUUGUAUAUGGAUAUAUAUAUAUAUAUAUAUUUUUUUUAAUUAUUUGUAUUUAUUUAUAUAUACAUAGAUAUAUAUCUGGAGUAAUCAACCUAGUAUGACUGCAAAAAUGGCUACAAUAUUGCAUAGCCUAAUUGCUACAAAGUAUUUUUGCAAUGACAAUUUUGAGUUGACAAAAUUCAAUUAUUAUAUCUGGUGUCCGCAAUCUUCAUGGCCAAGGUGUUCCAACGCUCAGAAUCCAUCACAAUACUGAUCAUGGUGGAUUAGGAAAAGAGUACACCUUUCUCUAUCCUCACUCAGUUUCAUAUUUGGAUACGUACAAGACAUUAUUGAUAUUUUCUUUGUUUUUCUUAUUAGAAUAAAUUAGGUAUGGUUUAUGAAUGAUUGUGUAUUGUGUAAAGUAACACAACUUUAUUUAAGAAAACAUUGGUGUGAUUGGUGUUUUUACUGUUGUAACAUUAUUGUGUUUUAUGUUAAGAAACUGCACAAUGCUCAUCUUCUUGCACAGCACAUACUGGAUUGAACAUAUUCAGAAAAAAAAUAAAAUAGAAUUUUCCUCAGAUGGCCUUUGGAGGCUCUGCAUGGAGACGGUGAAAUUUUCUCAUGGAGAUGCAUUGAUCCAAUGCAUCUCUGAUUCGCCAAAACAGCAUUUGGCGCUGCCCCCAUCCUACCUCCUUGCCGAUUCUAGCCUAUGGGAAAGCAUUGGAUUGGCUAAAAAUCAUAAGUUCUGAUUAUGUCACCAAGGAGUCAGAUCAGGGUAGGGCCACUUAAUGGAGGGAGAGUACUGGGGGACCUCAGGCAAUAUAACAAAUUCAAUGAGAUUAAAUGAAAUGGUUAUAGGCCCACACUAUCCCUUUAACUUUGCAUUGCAGAGAGCCCAAGAGGGAUGGAUUUACCAAGUAAGAUGCUGACUGAGGUAGUGGCCAGGGUUAUGUGCUGGCAGCUAAGGUUCCCCCACACCAAAUUCAUCAAAUCAUGUCUUGAAGGAUCUUGCUUUUUGCACUAGGGCAUAGUCAUGUUGGAACAGGAAAAGACCUUCCUCAAAGUGUUGUCAUAAAGUUAUAUGCUUACCUGUAAGUAUCAUUCGUCUGGCAUUCACAACACCAAGAUUCCUUCAUUAGAUUGCCAGAUUCAGAAGUAUGAUUCAUUGUUACAGAGAAUAUGUUUCCACUGCUCCAGCUUCCAUUGUUGGCAUGCUUUACACCCAGCAUUUGGCAUUGAACAUGCUUAAGAAAAACUUGUGUACAACUGCUUGGCCAUGUAAACCCAUUUAUUGAAACUUACAAUGUACAGUUGAUGUUGCUUUCAGAGGUAGUGAAACUCUGCAGUUAUUGACGCAACAGAUAAUAGGUGAUUUUUAUGUGCUACACAGUUAGGUAUUUGGUGCCCCAGCUCUGCGAGUUUCCAUUGUUUAUGACUCUGUGGCUGGGCUGUUGUUGUUUCUAGAGACUUUCACAACAUGAUUAUAGUAUUUACAUUUGACUGGGCCAGAUCUAGUACACAGACAUUUCACAAAUUGACUUGUGUCAAAGGUGGCAUCCUAUGACAAUGCCUUGCUUAAACUCGCUCUUCAGUAUGACCCAUUAUACUUAUGCACCUGUUAGCAAUGGAUGAGGCUGAAUUACCUAAGCUCAGUAAUAAGUAUAUACACUGAUCAUCCACAACAUUAAAGCCACUUACAGGUGAAAUUAAUAAAAUGGAUUAUAACAUUACAAUGGCACCAGUAGAGGGGUGGGAUAAGUGGAAUAUGUUAGGCAACAAGUGUGGCUGUAUUGGAAGCAGGAAAAAUGGGCAAGCAAAUAGAUUUGAGUAACAUUGACAUUGAGUAACAUUAAGUGAUGGCUAGACAACUGGGCCAAUGCAUCUCCAAAAUGGCAAGUCAUAUAGGGUGUUCCCAGUGUGCAGUGGUUAGUAACUACAAAAAGUGGUGCAAGGAAGAAAGACCAGCAUCAAAAUAAUUGGCACCCAAGGCUCAUUGAUGUAUGUGGAGAGCAUAGGCUAGCCCAUCUGGUAUGAUCACACUGAAGAGCUACUGUAGCUCAAAUUGCUGAAAAACCUAAUUAUGUCCAUGAUAGAAAGGUGUCAGAACACAGUUUCCUCCAUAUAGGACUGCGUACAUGCAGUCAUAGUGCCCAUAAUGACCCCUAUCCACUGCUGAUAAUGCCUUCAAUGUUGAUGUGAGUAUCAGAACUGGACAAUGGAGCAAUGGAAGAAAGUUGGCUGGCCUCAUUGAUCAUGUUUUCUUUUAGAUUAGGUGGAUGGCCGGCAUGAAGCUGUGUUAUACUCUGUUAAUGUUCUGUUGGAAAACCUUGGGUCCUGGAAUGCAUGUGGAUGCCAAUUUGACACGUAACACCUACGUAGAGAUUGUUGCAACCACGUACACCCCAUUUCGGCCAUGGUGUAAUGGUAGUGGCCUCUUACCACUUAAACGUUUCAGGAAUAGUUUGGACAAAGACAUGACAAAGAGUUCAAGAUAUUGCCUUGGCCUCUCUAUACACCAGAUCUUAAUUUGAUUAUAGGAUCUUAAUUCUUUGUGUGCUGGAACAAUAAAUCCAAUCCAUAGAGCUCUCACUUAACAACUUAAAGAACAUAAAGGAUCUGCUGCUUAUGUCAAUUAAAAGGAGACUUGUAAUUGAUUUGUCAUGCAGGAAUCAGGUCACCAGUGCCUGUGUUACAGCAGAAGCUGCACACCUAGGUGUGUAGGGAUUUGUCACUGCAUGCAUAUUUGCAAAUGUAUGCAUCUGCAUUUGUGUGAUGUUUUUGUCCACCUUUUAGAAUUUAUCACACAAUUUGCAGUACACUUGUGACAAGGUAGGCAAUACACCUCCUUUUUACUAAUGUGCAAAUCAUAUUAACGACCAGGCUUUUAUUUAAUUUCUUUUUUUAAUGACUGAUAGGGCUAGUCAUUAAAGAAGACCUGUUAAACCGUGCCGCUUGCAUUUUUAUUCACUGACUCAAUGGUAAUGAUUGAGAAGUCAUAAAUGAAAUUGAUUAGUUUUGGUUUUGAUUCAAACAAAAAUAUGGCAAUGAAAUGUGGAUGGACCAAAUUUUAAGAUGAAACAAUUCAGACAAAACAAAUUGUUUUGUUUUAAAACAAUUGUUGUCUAAAUUGUUAUUCUAAAACAAAUAUUUAACCCCUUCAAUCAUAAGCAUAUUUCCGGUAGUCUACCAUAAAAAAAGUUGAUCUAGCCUUGCAUUACCUACUUUUUGUUGACUUAGUAAAUAUACAUCCAAAAUUUUACAUCUAUCCCUUUCACAUACCAAUCUCAUACAACAUUACCCUUAAAACAACCUCCUUCCAAUCUCAGCCCAUCUAAUUUCAUACAUAAUUACCUACAUCUCCACUAUGCUAUUCCUUGUCUGCUCUUGUUUAUCCACUAGCCUCCAAUUCACCAUCUAGAUGAUACGAUUUCGAGUUUGCUUUCUCCUUUGUUUAGAACACCCCACCAGUAUGAUUUUGUCAGUUCUUUACCUCUUCAAUAUACACGUCACACUGUCCACUCACGUCUCUGCAUGGCAAGGAAUUACUCAAAGGUAUUCUUUAUAAUUUAGCAACUAGUUUGUGUUAGUUGCAAAUAAUACAAAGAGACAAAAAGCAAAUAUUGUACAACAAAUGUAUAUAAUGUUAAUUAGAUGCCUUCCAUAAAAUGAUGAAACAAUAGAACUAUUAUUAUUUUUUUCUAAAUACAUCAAUAUGUGGGUUUAUAUGUUUUACAAGAGAAGAAGGAUAUUGAAGGAGAAUGUUAUAGAUGCAGUAAAUAAAUGUUCUCAAUAUAAUAAUAUAUGCCCUGAUUAAACUAGUUGUUUUGAUUUUAGAUGGGGUGUCACAACAGAAUCAGAGAAACAACAAAAAUUCUGGGUAAGUCUAAAAAAUCUUUAAUGUGCUUUGAUUGACGUGAGUAAACAUUGAAUUAGUUUGAUUAUCUAAUUCCUCUAAAUGAAAGGGCUUUCCUCCAAAACGUGUUAAAAAUGUAAGUUUCUUACAUCAUUUUCUAUGCUUAAAACUAGGUUCAGAUUACUGUUUGGACUAGAUCUCUCUCUCUCUCUCUCUCUCUCUCUCUCUCUCUCUCUCACAUAUGAAGUGCACUGCAGGCCGCAAAUGUACUAUUUAGCAGAUUAGUACCCAGAAAAUAAGUACAGUAUAUACUCGAGUAUAAGUCUAGUUUUUCAGUAAAUUUUUGGUGCUUAAAAACCCCCACUCGACUUAUACUCGAGUCACUGUCUGUAUUAUGGCAACUUAGAGAGCCGCGGCCGUCAGAGCCAUGGCAACGAUCCGCGCGGCAACCAGACCGCGAGACUUACAGUGGAGCUGACCGGAACGGAGGAGAAGGGAGCUGACAGGAGCUGCAGGAAAGGUAAGUAAAUGCUUCCUGCCGGCCCCCCCACUUCACAGCCCAUGCCACUGGACCACCAGGGAUUAAGAUAGCCCCCCUCCCUGACCAGUUAACAAGCAGGGAGGGGGGGACAAAAAAAAAUUAAAAUAAUAAAAAUGCCCUCCCCCCACCCAGUUCACACACACUACACAAACACACACACUGCAUUAUAUACACAGAGUGUGUGUUUGUAUGAGUGUGUGUGUAUAUAAUGCAGAGUGUGUGUUUGUAUGAGUGUGUGUGUGUAUAUAAUUAUAAAAAUCACAGAAUUUCAUAGCCCCAAGUUUUACCCUCGAUUUAUCCACGAGGCAUAGCAUAUUUCACAAUUGUUGGCCACAAAACUGCACUCGACUUAUACAUGAGAUCGACUUAUACACGAGUAUAUACGGUAUGUUUACCACCGCGCUGUAAGCACAGUAAUAGACGCUUCCAUUUGACUCUCAGAUAUGAAGAGCACGCCCCAAAUUUACUAUUUAGCACUUUAGCACCCAGAAAAUAAGAAUGUUUACAAUUGCACUGUAACCGCAGUAUUUGACACUUCUAUUUGACUCUCAGAUAUGAAAAGCAUGCCCCAAAUUUACUAUUUAGCAGUUUACCACCAACAAAUAUUGACGUUUUAAAACUUUGAUGUAACCGCAGUAUUUGACGCUUCUAAUUGACUCUCAGAUAUGAAGUGCACCCCACUAAUGUACUAGUUUGCAGAAUUCUUUCCUAAGCUGUCCCUCACAGCUGCAGCAUCCUCUCCCUACACUAAUAGGACCUCAUGUGCGUGCGGCGCUACGCGACUCCAGCUUAUAUAUAGAGGCUGGGUCGCAUGCUGCGCUGGCUAAUCACAGCCAUGCCAUUAGUAGGCUGCCCUGCAGCCUUUCAAAACGCGCCAUUAAAUCGCCGAACAACAAACUCCAACAAACUCCAACCUGAACAUACAGUGAUAUGUGCUGUCCAAAAAAUGUCAUGUUCGGUACGAACCAGAACUUUACAGUCCGCGUUCGCUCAACUCUAUUCAGGACCUCACACGAGCCAUACUGCUUUGGCUCAAAUCCCUAGCUCCGGUCACCUCUCAAAUAAGAAACACUGGAGUGGCUUACAGAUGGGGUCCCCCUGGAACUUUGCUGACUACAUAUAAUGGGACAGUGAACACACUUGAAUCUGGGGCAGACAUACCCGCCUUCUUAACAUUAAUAGUCAUGGUAGAUCAGAACAUGAGAACAUCUACAGAAGUGCCCACCAGCUCCUGGGACCCUUCCAACACAGCCACAUUCAUACCACGAGAUGCCACCUCCAAAGCACCAGAAACUUGAAAGGAUUGAGCAUCCAACUUACUGACGCAAACCAACUGUUAUGCUUUUAAGUUCUUAUAAGGCCAAUGACCAAUACCUAAAGGCUGGAUACAUUAUACACCGUACAGUGAUACGAAAUGGUGAUCCCACCCCCCGCCUCCCCCUCGAUAAGGGGUAAACCAAUUAGAGGUGUAUCUCACACUGCCCUCUUACUUACCCCCCCCCUCCAAUGCACAAAGGGCCAGUUAAGCUGCACUAACUCCUCCUCCCUUAUUUUUCACCCCCCCUUAAGUGGGGUUAUCUACUCGUAUAGUAACAAGCUCUAAAAUGCAAGACUACCACUACAACCCUAGGCUGGUCUUUAUUGAACACCAAUUACUCCUAAUAUGACCAUAGACAGAGCACGCUUUUACCCUCACUCAUGUACCACACACUGUGGGUUUUUAAACCCAGCUCGGAAAGCAGGUUUUCCUAGCUUGAAAUUAGAAUGUAACUGUGCCACAACUGAGUCACACAGUGACAUGGCUUGCCUAAAAACGAAAAAUCCUCUUAGUUCCACUUGUCAUGUUAGAGUCAAAUACUGUUUAUAAUUAUAAAAUGAGGUAGAUGAAGCAGGAAUUUAUGUAUGAUCUUGAAACAACCUAAACAUUGUGUGUUCUCUUUCAUUCAUGCAUUUCCAUUCCAUUCUGUACUGCAAUUACCAAUGUCUCAAUAAAAGAAAGAAAAAAAAAAGUAAUUAAUUUUAUCUCCUAUAAAAACUCAUGAAAGCUAGGUUAAAUGUUUUUACUCCACUGACAAAGCCUUAAGGUGAAACACAUUUGGAUGUACUCAUUUCCUAUUGUUUUAAUUAAUAAAUGGAUUUUGGUCACUUCCAUACCUGUGCCAUUAUCUUUUAUUAUCUUACUUUUUAUUUUUACCUAUUAAACCACCUACCAUGAAAGACUUAUACCUGCAAUACAACAAAGAAUCCUAGGUGGGGAUAAAACCCCCUAAGCUGAUUUGAUAGGGCAGUCAGCCUGCUCUAUCUUUGUAAGUAUUAUUAUAUUUUCUUAUCUACCACCAAUAUUUUAUUGAGCGCACUAUCGUUGCCUUUUUAUUUGGUUGUUUUGGGUUCCCGACAACGUUACCAUCAAUAACACUCACAUCAUAUCCUUUAAGUGGGGAUUGUACCGCUGUACGCUAUACACACCAGAGCUGGCUUAAGCUCUACCAAAUGUGAGCGUAACCCUAUAUUUUACCAUUUUAAUUAUACUCCGUAAGUAAUGCACAAUUAGCCUCUUCACCUUGUUUCAUCCUUAUCUAUAUGUAUGGACAUCUAUCAAGUGGAAAGACCACCCACUUCUGGCUCUAAAGACUUCACUGAUUUCAAGUACCUCAAAAGACUCUUGGAACUAUAAUAGCUAUUUUUUUCUGGCCAUUUUGAGGCACCACUUACCUCUAUUGUACAUAUAUGCUGCUCUAUUACAUUGUCUGCCUACUUUUAAGUCAUUUUAAAUAAUUACUCCUAAAUCCCUUUCCUCAGAUGUUGAGGUUCGUAGGGUAUCAAAUUAUGCUACACUCUGUGUCACGAACGCACCCUACUCCAAGAGUGCGCGUGACGUAGUUGUGGUUGUGAAAGGGUUAAAGUUCACUAUUUGUCUGCACUAGACCGGAAAUAAUUACAAAAUCCCCCUUAUAAGGCCAAUGACCAAUACCUAAAGGCUGGAUACAUUAUACACGGUACAGUGAUACGAAAUGGUGAUCCAACCCCCCGCCUCCCUCUCGGUAAGGGGUAAACCAAUUAGAGGUGUAUCUCACACUGCCCUCUUACUCACACUGCCCUCUUACUUACCCCCCCCCCCCAAUGCACAAAGGGCCAGUUAAGCUGCACUAACUCCUCCUCCCUUAUUUUUCACCCCCCCUGAAGUGGGGUUAUCUACUCGUAUAGUAACAAGCUCUAAAAUGCAAGACUACCACUACAACCCUAGGCUGGUCUUUAUUGAACACCAAUUACUCCUAAUAUGACCACCAAGACAAUUUAUAAAUGGGGUGCCUUGGUCCCCCAGGUAAAUCAACAAUAAAACCCACCAAAUAUUACAAGGAAUUACAAAAAUACUAACUAGUCUCUUCAAGUAAUGUGAUUCUUAACCAGACAAAGGCAAAACUUAAUAAAUGAAUGUUUAUUAUGAGCAAAGAUAGUCACAGUGCAUAUAACAAUAUAUGAUAAACAAAUUAUUUACACCAACAACAGAUAAAAACAAAAAUGAUAAAAUACAGAAGUCCUAAUUACUCACUUAGGUUUUCAAAGUACAACUUCUGUCCAGGGGGUCUCUGGCAAGGAAAGAUGGUGACUCACUCAAAAUUAGAUCUUGGCCCCAAGCAAGUACACAAACACCCUUCAGGAUCACAGGAGAUAUACCCUGUGAAUUGCCACGCCUCAUCCAGGGGUGGAGCAAUAGGGAUACUAAGUGAACACCUCCUUUGUUCCAGAAACCAACAAGCCACAUCCAAACUUUUGGUUUUAUCUCCUCUACUAUACUUGCCACAGAAAUAAUUGCCUCUAUGAAUUUGUUAUUGUUUUCCCAUUCCAAAGACAUGUUGCACGCCCCGCCCACGAUCCAAAAGGAUGGACGUCACAAUUCCUGCCACACGGUUUAAGUUGUGCAAUUCAUGUUUGGGCUUAAUUAAAAGAUUGGGCUUGUCCCAUUCCAAAUAUAAUAAAAAUGAGGCUUAAUUAUUAACCUGUGGGUAAGUAUGAAUGUUUCACUUGGAUAAGAUACUGGAACACAAGGAUCUUCAUGAAACGAAUCCCAUUACCAUUUCAAAUGAUUGAACUAUCCUUUACAAGGUACAUGCCAAAUGGAUGAAGAGACAUUCAGACUUUUCCAAGUGGAGAACCUCACAUCUUGCAGAUCCUUGAUUACUUCACAUCCAUAUAGUAAAAUCCUUUUCACAUUGCUAUGCCAUUCACACUACCCCUUCUGUCAUCUGACUUCUGUGGGGGUCCCAGCUUCAAAAGAUGUAACCCCUGUUGACCUCAGCAAUAGCAUCUCUGUAAUUUGUGCCAUUUACUACACAAAUUACAUUAAAAGAUGAUAUUCCAUAGUGUAAUAAUAAAGUAUACACCCUUGCCGUGACACUCUGCCCUUAGGUUUUUACGUCCAAGAUGCAUUAUUUUGCACUUGUCCACAUUAAAUGUCAGUUAAAACGGUGUAGAGCAUUCAGCGCAAUUAAACCAGAUGAUAAGUACUAAGUUGAGGCAGCACCCUUAUACAAGGGUUCCCUCGCUCCCUUGUAGGUAGUUAAACAGGGAGAAAAAAGAAAGAUAGGGUAAGGCUGCGCCAGUAUAAUAUGGUGGAAAGAAUAUGAAUAUGUGUGUGUGUGUGUGUGUAUGUAUAUAUAUAUAUAUAUAUAUAUAUAUAUAUAUAUAAAGUUCCAAUUGCUUGCACUCCUGGAUUAAUAGCACUCCUGGAUUAUCCACCAAUCAGAGAGUUAUGAGUCAAAUUACACAGCGUGGGAAAAUUCCAAAGAACUUUCCCACGCUGUGUAAAAUGACACAGAGCACUCUGAUUGGUGGAUUUCAAACCAACCAAUCAGAGUGCUGUGACAGGUAAAUGUAGAGACUUACAUGUCAGUCUCUUCAUUUACCUGUCAGAGCACUCUGAUUGGAUGGCUUAAACCAACCAAUCAGAGUGCUCUGAGCAUAAUUACAGGGCGGGGCAAGGCUUUAUAAGGCUUCCCCCGCCCUGCAGAGCUCAGUCUGCGCGGAGCCCUCGCUGGGUGAACAUGAACAUGGAUUAUUUUUUUGCGCUCGUUUUUUUUUUUUUUUUUAAUUGUGUCGGUUAUUAUGGUUUUUAUUUGGCCUUUUUUGGGGCUGAAAAAAGAUUUAGAAGAAAGAAAACAUCGAAUGGUAAGUUUUUUUUUUUUUUUUUUACAGGUACUUAGUUAAAGGUCCCCCCCCUCAUUAUUUUUAGGGUGAGGGGGGUAGGUAGGGGGUUAAAUUUUUUGGGGGACAUUUUUUAGGGCCCCCCACCCGCUGGGGCCGGGGGGAGGACAUUAGGCUUUUAGUAUUUAGGGCCCCCACCGCCGCUCAGGGGUGGGGCCAUUAGGUCCCCCCCCUUUUUAGUAUUUAGGGCCCCCACCCGCCGCUCAGGGGUGGGGGCCAGGGGGGAGGACCUUAGGCCCCCCCAUUGUGAUUUAUUUGCCCCCACUUACUGCUCAGGGGUGGGGGCCGGGGGGAGGACAUUGGUUCCCCCCUUUUUAGUAUUUAGGGCCCCCACCCGCCGCUCAGGGGUGGGGGCCAGGGGGAGGGCCUUAGGUCCCCCCCUUUUUAGUAUUUAGGGCCCCCACCCACUGCUCAGGUGUGGGGGCCAGGGGGGAGGACCUUAGGUCCCCCCCAUUGUGAUUUAUUUGCCCCCACCCACCGCUCAGGGGUGGGGGCUGGGGGGGAGGACCUUAGGUCCCCCCCCUUUUUAGUAUUUAGGGCCCCCACCGGCCGCUCAGGGGUGGGGGCCAGGGGGGGGACAGAAGUUCCCCCCUAUUGUUUUUUUUAGGGCCCCCACCCCCGAGCGGCGGGUGGGGGGGUUGUCAAAGUUUACUCAAUGAUAUGGAAUAGGGGGCGGACCGAACAUCGUAUAUGUUCGCCCGCCGUGGCGAACGCGAACAAGCGAUGUUUGCCAGGAACUCCGGCGAACUGUUCGGGACAUCUCUACCAGCCAACACCACACAUAAUGCAGAGUACCAAAGUAAUGUACCUUAAGUCCUUACUAAAGAGUGACUUUGAUGCUUCUUAUGGAUAUUCUAAGAUGGCAUAAUGUCUGAGCUAGAUGUAGUAAAGAAGCUGCAGUGCCAAUUGAAGUUGCAGCACAAGUUGUUGCAGUAUGAAAAAGAUAGGGAAAAAAACACAAUUGCCUCUUGGUUGUUGAAUUGGACGUAAUGGACAUGCUGCUAAUCCCACUGUGCUGAGGUUGACUACUAGUAAUAGUAGUGGUAGAGGAAGUGGUAAUGGACAUGCCGGCUGUCCUAAUGUCUGAGGUGUUCGCACUCUCAGAAGCCAAGUCACUAGUGUUAAUGUUAAAAAAGGCAACUUUAAAAACUGAAUAUUGGUAACCUUAGUCUCAAUGAAAAAAUGUCAAUCUACUAUCUUCCACUCAAAGUUGUUUCAAGUUACUCUGGCAGUAUAUAGCUAGCUAGCUAGAUACAGAUACAAGCUAAGCCUAAUUUCACACUAAAAUCAAUGACCCAGGUUGGGCAAGAUGGACUUUCUUUUCCUUUUUUACUGAACAAAACACUUCUCUAAAAAGUAUUCUUUCUCUAUAGUUAGUUGAUAGUUGAAUUAUAGUUUUUUCUCAUGCAAUUCUCAAGCACAAAGGACCAUGAGAAGGAAAACCCUGCAUUAUUGUGUUGAAGACCCCAUGUAGGGGUCUGUGAAUAAAAGCUGUGUGUGGCCUGAAAUAAAUCAGUUGACUCCCAGAACUAUGUUUCAUCUGUUUACUGGGGGAAUGGAUGUCUGUACGCUUUAAUGGUAUUUGGCAUUUUGGCUGAGAGAAGGAAUUAGCGGAGGUACCCAGUCGGGUUACCUGGGUUAUCCGCUACACCUGGUUAAAAUUCAGACUUUAAAGACUUUAAAGAGCAGACCCUUCUGAUCUUUUAAUGUUAUCAUUAUUAAAUAUGCUUUACUUUUAAUUAUGAUUAACUAAAUGCUGAGUCUUUUAUAAUGUUAUAAUCAUUCACCGGUACAUAAAAUACAUUUAAUGUUCAAUUGAUGCUUUAUAUGUACAUAGACACCUAGUCUCUUUUUUUUUUUUUAUUUCAGAUAGUUGCAAAUUCAUGGGGAAGAAAAUGGGGAGAAAAUGGAUAUUUCCGAAUACUGCGUGGAGAAAACCACUGUGGCAUUGAAGAUCUGAUAAUAGCAGCGUGGUGCAGCGUUACACCUUCAGAUGAAAAUAAGAUUUUGUAA